AGAGGCUGUUGCGCUUGAUCCACGCGAAGGCUGCGAGGCUGUCUGGACAUGUCCUGGGUGCUGCCGGCGCGCGCCCUGCCCCGACGUCUCCCGCUGCCUCACCUGGGCGCCUAGCCGGAUCUUCAUCGGGCGGAACCCGCCAGGAAGCAGCGCUCUCUCUCCUCCGCCGAUCCACGCAGCCAGAGAGAGAGAGCCAUGUCCCUUCCGAAAGGUAAGAGAGGGAUCUCGCGUGGGUCGCGCAAGAGCUCUUUUGCGCUCCAGGCGAAGGCCAACUGCUCGCACCCCCGCGCUCCACCCCAAUGCAAACUUCGGUGUUCAGAAACGGAUGGCAGGAAACGCACAACGCUCGAAACCUCCAAAAAAAUUAAAUUUUUUUUUGCAAGGAUAAGCAAUGCAAGAUCUCUUUCUGAUCUCUCCCAAAUGCGAAAUGUUUGAGCGCACAUGUCAAAUGGAAUAAUCUUGUGACUAUAAAUCUGGCCUAACGAUAGCUCUGGCACUCCGAGAGCGGGAUCUUCCUGAUUUUGCCCUCUUUAAAACCGAGAGGUGGUCAAACUGUCUUUUUUAUUAUCUCUUAGUGUUUUGUUUAACCGCUUUUAAAACGAGUUUUGAAUUCAUUGGUGAGAAUGAGAUCGGUUGUUCCCGAACUUCCUUGAAUGUGUUUUAUUUUCAGUCCUUAUUAUGCCAGUGCAAUGUCUUGAGAACAGUGUUGAAAGGCAAUUUUCCAGUACUAUUAAUUAGGUGAUUAUUAAUGGUUUUGUGGUACAGUAAUAUCUGGAAGGUGGCUUGCCAGGAGCGUGAUUGGUGUGGAAUCGGAAUCACCUCUUCUAGGUGUCAGAUCUGAGUGUAUUUUUCAGUCCAAAAUUGUAUCGAGGUCUCUGUAAUCCACUGUGGGUGCAAACAGGUGUGUGUGUUGUAUUUAAUGAUGGAUGUAUUAUUAUUUUUUGCUUUGCAUGCGUGUUGUAAACUGCACUAGUGUGAAAGUAGGAGGCAGAAAUAAUCCCCGCUCUGUCCAAUGUGUUGCAUUGGACAAGGAAUACCGCUUUUCUGGUAAGUUACUCAGAAGCAGAGUGAUGCUAGACAUCUUUUUGGAUAAAGAAAAUAAACAGGGCAUUGAUUCAGCUAAAGACUUGUCAUGGAAUAUUGGUGGCACAUAGCUUUCCUUCUCCCUACCCCAAACUUACCCCGAGUUAUAUAUUUUGGGGUCACACUAGUGUGCGAGGGUCAUUCAACGUAGCGAAGAAAUGGAAUUUGAAAAGGUGCUUCUGUUUAAAAUUUUGUAUGGGCGAUAUUUAAUUAUUUAUUUGGAAGUUUGCGUCCUGGCUUUCUUUGAGAAAUAGACUUGAUGUAGCUUACAAAAGAAGGGAAAAAGGCAUAAAAUGUUAAUGAAACAGCUCGGAUGGCUAAGAAACAAGUUCAUGGCUUAAACCUAUGAGCAGGGUUUGAAAAACCAGUUAAGCAUAAAAAUACAGACGUUGCUAAAUUAUUGGUGAAAUUAAAAACAGCUUGUCUGAAACUUGACAGAGGGAGCCAAACAAUCCUCUCUAUAACAUGUAAAUUAUUACAUUUAUCUCCCCCAGUUCCUUCAAGGAGCUCAAGGUGGUGUACGCUGUUUUGUGUUAUAAGUAAUGCGUAUCUUAGAAAAUCGUUGUCUUUAUCUGUGCAUAUAAACAUGAGGGGCAGUGUGGUGCAGCGGUUAGAGCAUUGGCCCACUGCUAGGUUCUUUGCGCCUGGCCUUGCAGGGUUGUUGUGAAGAUAAAGUGGGUGAGUUGAGUUCCUUAAGAGGCUGGGUGGCAUAAUGAUGGUAUAAGGUACAAACGCAUGGAGAAAUCAGAAGGCCUUGCUUGCCCUUAUGAGCUUCACAGGCAGUUCUUCCCCUGUGCUGCGCCAGUUCUUUCUACAGAUGUUUCAUAUUUCUGCUCUUAUCAUCACAGGCUGCGUGAGCUUCGCUCUGUGUCAUGCAGCAGCUCUGAGCUGUAACUCAGCCUUGGUGGGAUGGGCAGAUAGUGUCAUGCUUUUGUUUUGGAACACUUGCUCACGUUUCUGUUUCCAAAUCUCGGUCCUCUUUGCGUGGGAUCUGGCUGCUUGUUCUCGACUGCCUGAACUCUGUCCAAGGGGCAAGAUAUUGCACAGCUCCUGUGGUCCUCGCCGCAUGUCAGAGGACACAGGGCAGAAUAAGAGUCCUGCUGGGGAAAGGUCCUAGCUCACCGGUAGAGCUUCUGCCUUGCAUGCAGAAGGUCACGGGUUCAAUUCCUGGCAUCGCCAGGUAGGGUUGGGAAUGUUGACUGCCUGAAUCCCUGGAGAGGUGCUGCUGGUAAUUGUAGACCAACCGGGCGACCACGAUCGACAGGUAGAUCGCCAGGGUUAUCCAGGUCGAUCGCAGGAGUAAAAAAAGAAAUUGCCCUGUUGCUCCUGAGCGAUGGCGACGCAUCCUGCCCCUGUUGGCGCUGCUGUGAAAGCUUUAACUCCCUUAGUUGGUGGCAGAGUGGGCGAAGGAGUGAGGGCUGUGGACUGUUGUGUGAUUGAUGGUCUGCCACCUUUCCCAAAAAAAGCAAUGACAAUGGGUAGAUCACAUUAUACUGGGAGUAGAUCGCAGUCUCUAAAGAGUUGGAUGUGUCUGUUGUAGACGAUAGAUGUAGUUGGAUAAAAACCAAUGGUCUGAUCUGGUACAGUGGUACCUCGGGUUACAUAUGCUUCAGGUUACAGACUCCGCUAACCCAGAAAUAGUACCUCAGGUUAAGAACUUUGCUUCAGGAUGAGAACAGAAAUCGUGCUCCUGUGGCGCGGCAGCAGCAGGAGGCCCCAUUAGCUAAAGUGGUGCUUCGGGUUAAGAACAGUUUCAGGUUAAGUACGGACCUCUGGAACGAAUUAAGUACUUAACCCAAGGUACCACUGUAUUAGGCAGCUUCCUUUCCUGCUAGGAGUCAGUGGCUGGAGGAUGCAGUGGCUAACAGCAGUACAGAGAUAGAGGGCAAGAUUCAGUCUAAAUUCUUGCCACUGGCAACGAGGGAUAUGGGGAGAUGCUUUAAAAGCCCCCAGCAUGAACGCAAGUACCCCUGUGGCUCUGCAGAGGUGGAGUCUGUGGCCCGUGUCCUCCUGUCCUGGACAAGAUCUUUUAUCAAAGCCCUCUUAUUUGGAAGCUUCAGCUGCUCCAAAUGCUCCAGCCCAGCUGCUGACUGGCGCCUGUUCCAGAGAGCAUAGAAUUGUAGAGCUGGAAGGGAGCGCACGUAGAUAACCUUGCCCAACCGCCUGCAGUGCUGGAAUCAUUUGCCCGCUGUGGGGCUUGAACCCACAACCCUGAGAUUAAGAGUCUCGUGCUGUACCAGCUGCGCUACCCCAGGUCAUGAAAACAACUGCACAAUUCAAGGUGUUGGUUAUGACCUCCGAAGCCCUAUAUGACUGGGGCCCAGGCUCCUUGAGAAAAUGUACCUCCCUAUAUAUAUAUGAACCUGCCUGGGUGCUAGGAUCCUUGGUCGACCACCUUCUGUCGGUCCCAUGAGCAUCAGAAGCGCAUGGUCGGUGGUGGCAGGAAAGGGAGCCUUUUUUCCCGUGGCCCCACCUUUGUGGACUUCCCUCCCAGGAGAGGUUAGACUGGCUCCCUCCUUGGCAGGCUGAGACUGACUUAUUAAGAUGGCCCCAGCGUCCAGAAUUAGCCAGGCGCCAGGUGCGUUUUGCCAUCCAGCAGCCAUUUAUGUGAUAGGUGGUGGGCGGUCCUAAUGGAGGUGUGGGCUUUGGUCCUGAAGACAUAAAAUGGACAGACAUUUCAAGAUGCUAUAAGAUUAUUUAGAUUAUUCAUUCCUUUCGUCCGGGUUGGAGCAUGGCCUGAGGGAGGGUCCCAAGGGCCAGGGAGACAGGUUGCCCCCCCCCGUCAUUUAUUUCCUGGGACUGAUGUUCAGCAUCCUUGCCCUGCACCUAGAAUUUCCAAGGCUGCUGAAGUGGUUUAAUUCUAGUUUUUUGGGGGGGGGGCAGGAGAGGGGAAGGCAGCAAAAUUUGGAAAACAGCUUGGUUUGUGCCAACAUUGCAGUUAAUUGUACAAAAAAACAUAUACUGGCCUGCAAUCCUGUGCCCAUCAAAUAAACCCCAUUGCGCACAGUGGGAAUUGUAAGCGUAUGAAAAUGGAAUUUUGUUUGACACUUUUGGCCGGGCAGCACACCUGAGCUGUGUGCGCCUGUGUGUGUUCUGCUUAAGAUAAAAAUAAAUAAAAAAUUAAAUACAAGGGAAUGUCCCUUUCUGGGAUUACAGUUGGAACAAGAAUGCUUCGUUAUUUGUUAAUUCCCCACAUCAAAGGCCGGGGAACCCUUUUAAGUACUCUGUUAAUGACUACUGGGGUAUGGCCCGCACGUUGUUUGCAUAGUUAGGCAUAAUAGAGUAAUUACUACUUGCGUAACUGGCAAGAAGAGAGAGAGAGAAGGCUAGAUAUCGAAAUGUUCUUUGCGUUUCGGUGUUCUCAUUUGCCAGGCUUGCUUUAUGGCAGGCUCGUAAAUAGCAGCUUGCCCGAUUUGCCUGCGGUGGGUAAGAAUCUCUUGCCUGCAAAUGAACUGGGAGAAUUUUGAAAACUGGAGGACAGUUGUCCAUCACUGACUAACAUAGGUAUGUGCAGGCAGGCAGAUGAGUCAACAAAUAUGUAUGGGCAGGCAGGCAAUGUUUUUCUGGUUUGGCUAAGUAACUUUGGUCCAAGGGUGAGGAACCAGAUGUUGAUGGACUACAGCUCCCACAAUCCCUGACCAUUGGGCCAUCUUUCCUGGGGCUGAUGGGAAUUGGAGUCCAGGAAUAUCUGGAGCAGAGCUUUCCAAACUGUGUGUCAUGACGUCAGUGUGUUCUAGGUGUGUCACGCCCCCUGCACUCCUCCUGGGGCUGGAAAGGGGUUAGUUCAACCUCCCGUUUGCUAGUAAAACUGAAUUAUUGUGUUGCAAAAUGAUGCAUGUCUAAAAAGUGUGUCACUGACACGAAAAGUUUGGAAAGCUCUAUCUAGAGGGUCGUAAGUUCCUGUAUUAAUGGACCUAAUGUUCUACCACUGAGCUACAGUCUUGUGGAAUAGAGUUUUGCUGGAGACAGCCAGAAGCUUUUGGAAAUGCCUCAAAAGCUGGUGUGAUAAAAGCAAGCGGUUGCUGUGUUGUAAAAAUCAGUCCUUAAUAUCCUUUCGGCACAUACUUGGAGGCCUGUCAUCGCCCACUUCCCUUUUGGCAAGUUUGCAGAAAUCUCUUUGGCGGGUGAGAAUGGCCAAAGGUGACACAGGAAGUCACUUAAUGAAGUGGGCUAAUUUAUUUGGACCAUUUUUUUAAAAACAAACCCUCUAAACGACUCCAAAACCACUUUGUAUGUGGGUUUUUAAAUAAGUCGGAAAUGGAAAGCUGUAGGGUCAUUGUGCCAUUUAUUUUUUAAAGGUGUGUGUAACUGCUUAUCUUACUUGCCAAACUGCAAAAUGAACAGAAAGUGAUUUGCAGCAAUAGAAUAUUUGGUCAAUAUAUUAAAAACUAUACAUUCAGGUUACCAGACCUCCAGUUCUGACCAGUCUCCAGGUUUGCCUUCCCCUGACAGGUAGACGGCUUGAAUCUUCAGGUGGGUGAGAAUGCCUUUAAUAGAUUAAAAGAAUAUUAAGAAGAUUAUGCAUGUUGUUUGCGAGCGUUAGCCCAGCAGGACUUGGCUGCAAAUUACAGCAUAGAACCUCUGGGAGACCUGUCCUCCUCUGCUCCCCUCUCCCACUUAACCUCCAUCUCCAGGGCCUGUCCCUGUGACAUCACCAAGUCUCAGGCUUGGGCCCUGAAAUCUCAGGAUCUGGGAUGCUCCUGAUCUGGCAGUCCCAUUGAAGAUACAUAAAUCAGCAGUCGUGGAAGAGCAUGAUGAGUCCCAAGUAGAAUUAAAUGACAGAAAUCCUGAUGCAGGUGUCUCCCCACUGAUGGGGGUUACAUUCCCAGGUACCACAUGUAUACGUGAAAUCGUGUAUAGUGGGGAACACCAUCUAAAAAGCCGAACUCGGUCCAAAAUCCACAAAUACCCCCACCAAACUCCACCUAAACGAUUCCUUCCAAACUCUAGCUCUCCACAGUCCUCGAACGUUGGUGCAAAGGCUCAUGGGAUUGCAAGCUGUGUUUCUGCUCUUUUUGCGCCAUUUUUGCUAUUUAAAUCUAUUGUUUAAAUAUUUCCUGGCGCUGCACAUAGAAGCGAUCGCAUGUGAGUCAAAAUGCAUGUAAGUGGGGAAAACAUUCGGAAACCAAGGCGCAGCUUCCGAUUGGCUGCAGGAAGUUUCUGCAGCCAAUCGGAAGCCGCGUCGGACAUUCGGGUUCCAAAGAAUGUUUGCAGACAGGAACACACACUUCCGGGUCUGCGGCGUUUGGGAGCCAAAGCGUUCGACUCGCAAGGCGUUCGCAAACCAAGGUACAACUGUAUUAGCAUCACAUAAAAAAGCCACUUGCAUAAUCUUGUGUUAACCGAGCAUAUAAAGACUGUUUCUCACAUAAACAUGCAACAGGUUGUCAAAGAAAAUAUGGCUGCCAGUAUGCUCUUUCUGUGAGCUAAUCCAUGGUCAGUCCUAGUUCAGGGGUGGGGAACCUGUGGCUUUCCCACUGUUGCUGGAUCAAUAUAUUUCUGACCGUUGCCCAAGGGGCUGACGUGAAUUGUUGUCAGUUACGUGUGCAUUCCUAUAUGGGUCUCCUCAGAAGUAAGCCCCAUUAAUGGGAUUGGGUUAUUAUUGGCUUAAUGGAAUGAUGAUGAUGAUAAUAAUAAAGAUAAGUAUAAUUAUUAUAAAUAAUAAUGGGUUAAUGGAAUAAUGGUUUAAUGGACUUAAUGGAAGUUUUUAUAGGAUUGCACUGAAAAUGGACUUUAUGGGAUGCUCACCCAUAAGAAAACACUACUUUGGGCUAUUAUGAAUAAAAACCUUUAAUAUAUUUAUACAUUAAUACAGCAAACUUCUUUUUAUUAUAAGUAUCCAAUCUUCUUCAACUUAAAGCAGCAGAAUAUUUUCUUGGAGAAGCAACAUAAAUAAAAUAAAAGUUUAAAAUAAAGUAUAAAUAAAUAUUAUUAGUAUUAUUAUUAUAACUGGAUGUGAUCAAAGUAUGGUCCUUUCAACGGCUAUUAUCUAUUAGCUUUGCAUACUUUAUCUCGUGCUGCUGCUUGCGUGUGUGUGUGUGUGUGUGUGUGUGUGUGUUUGCUUAACCUCAUGUGGAAAGGAUGCUGGAGAAUUAUCACCUGUGCAGGUGAGUGAGCCUGGAAGGCAUCACUGGCUUGUCAGGUGCCUUUACAGGUGAGCGUGAUGACAAGGAACUUGAAUAAUUUUUUCAAAACAUAGGAAGCUGCCUUAUACCUGAGUCAGACCAUUGGUCCAUGUAGGUCAGUAUUGUCUACACUGACUGACAGGAGCCCUCAAGGGUUUCAGGCAGGAGUCUCUCCCAGCCCUAUGUGGAGAUGUCAGAGAUUGAACCAGGGCCCCUUCUGCCUGCAUAGCAAAUGCUUUACUACAGAGCCCUAUGGAGGGAAAUUAUAUUUUCAACACAGUUGCUGGAAGUUUUGAGGUGAAUUUGGAAAGUGGUUCUGUGUUAAUUGUGUUUUGGGGGAGUAUUUUAAAUACGUAGCGGCAUUUAUAUUACAAAAUACUAUUAUUUUUCUUUUUUGUUCACCUCCUUUUGGCAACUCCUGUAGCCGAGCUGAUGGCAAACGUAUUGCUCUGCUUUCCUUUUCAUUUAAAUAUACGGUAUUCUAUUCAAUUCUCACAGAUUUCACAUGUAAUUCCAAUACGUAAUGCAUUUGUACCUCGGAAGUCGAACAGAAUUCGUUCUGGAAGUCCGUUCGACUUUCAAAGCACGGCUUCCGAUUGGCUGUAGGAAGCUCCUGCCGUGGAAGCCCCGUCAGAUGUUCAGCUUCCGAAAGAACGUUCGAAAACUGGAACACUCACUUCCGGUUUUUGAUCCUUCAGCAGCCGGAACGCUCGACUCCGAAGGCAUUGAGGAACCGAGUGUGGCGAUCACACAGGGUCCCCGGACGUUUCACUACUUUAUUUCUCGCUGCUACCACCCAGGCCCAGUCAGGGUUAAAUUGGAACAUAAACUUCUGUUUAUUUAUUGCAGUUUAACAAGCGUGUGGUUUCAUAAAUGGUCUCAGUCAAUUACAAUCAUGGGCUGCCUAUCCAGACCUAUAACUUCCGCUACUUGCUCUCACUCACUAAACCACCUCUCAGAUAUUUACUUGUCUUCCGAGCUCCCUAACUGUUCCUGACUCAGCUUAUUUCACUACACUAACUCAACCUACCCACAGACUCUAUUCCAAUUCACUCCCACUCCAACCAACCACCCAACUCCCAAUGAACUCCCUGUUUCCCCCUCCCAGAGCUGGUUUUAUAGUCCCUCUGACUCCACCCCCCUCAGUUCUGAUUGGGUAACCUGUUUAACUAGUUCACCUCCAGCACUCUCAUAUGUUAACGUCACACCGAGGUAUGACUACAAUUCUUUCUUUUAUCAACUUCUUAUCUUGUUUUCCAAUUCCCCCUACCUCUUUGCUGCACCCCAUCUUCCCUCUUUUGUAUCCUAAUCACAGUACAAUAAUUUCUAAAUCUUUCCGUUGCUCACAAUUCAAAUCCUGCUUGCGCAUUCAUCAUAUUAUAAUAUCCCUCUAAAUGCACUGCUUUCUUUUGGACCACAUCAGCAAGACCAAGUGGGGUGUCUUGUUGUUUUAGCAGCCCAGGACCGCUAUAAUAAUUUAAUAAUAAUAACAAUAAUUUUAUUAUUUAUACCCUGCCCAUCUGGCUGGCUUCCCCCAGCCACUCUGGGGGGCUUGCAGCAAAAUAUAGAAAUGUAAUAAAACGUCAAACAUUUAAAACUCCCCGAUAUGUACAGGGCUGCCUUCCAUAUAUACUGCUGAGGUUUGCGCCCGGGACAAACAGAUGUCAACAGCAAAUUCUGUCCCACCAUUCUUCCAUCCUGGAACCCAAAUCAGCAUACCUCCUGUUCUGAGAUGGUCACCCACCCAGAUACUGACCAGAAGCAGACCUAUUUUGCUUCAGCAGGCCCUCUUGCAUCUUCAGACCAAAACCUCAGACCGUAUUGUAAACUGCUGUGGUAUAUAUUUGCAGAAGAGUAAUUUGCAGAAGAGUAAUAUACAGCUGUCUUAAAGCAGGCGUAGCAAAUAUUGCACACCCUCCAGUUGUUGUUGGACUCCAAUUCCCAUCAGCCACUACUAGCAUAGCCAAUGGUUGCACUCUGGAGGGGCCUCCACAUUGGGCAUCACUGCCAUAAAUGAAUAAAAAUCACUUCCUUCUGAAUCCGGUUAAGCUCAUGCAAAAAUGUUGGCCAUCACAUCAUUACUAAGCCCUCGAGGAAAGGAAGUGAGUUUGAGUGAGGGUGGAAGUUUCCGUUGUGUACUUUGGUGGUGGUUGUUGUUUAGUCGUUUAGUCGUGUCUGACUCUUCGUGACCCCCUGGGCCAGAGCACGCCAGACACUCCUGUCUUCCACUGCCUCCCGCAGUUUGGUCAAAUUCAUGCUGGUAGCUUCGAGAACACUAUCCAACCAUCCCGUCCUCUGUCAUCCCCUUCUCCUUGUGCCCUCCAUCUUUCCCAACCUCAGGGUCUUUUCCAGGAGUCUUCUCCUCAUGAGGUGGCCAAAGUAUUGGAGCCUCAGCUUCAGGAUCUGUCCUUCCAGUGAGCACUCAGGGCUGAUUUCCUUCAGAAUGGAGAGGUUUGAUCUUCUUGCAGUCCAUGGGACUCUCAAGAGUCUCCUCCAGCACCAUAAUUCAAAAGCACCAAUUCUUUGGUGGUUAUUAUUAUUAUUAUUAUUAUUAUUAUUACUGAAAGACAGGGUGUGAGGCAGCAUGGUGUAGUGGUUGGGUCGGGCUUAGGGGUGAUGGUAAUUGUACAGUCCAACAAUUCUUGGAGAUGCUAUAGGUUUCCUGGCUCUGUAGCGUAACCUACUUCACAAAGUGGGUGUGAGGUGUGUGUGUGUGUGUGUGUGUGUGUGUGUGUGUAAAUGGGGUGGCUGUGGAGAAAUAAUUGUCUAUUCUACCUUGAACUCCUUGGAGAUAUGGCAGGAUAAAAGUGUAGUUAACACCAGAACUGGAUAUUCUGUUCUGAAGGGGAGGAUAUGGUGCAAUAACUACAUUAGGGCAAUUCCUUUGUUUGGACCAACCAAAAUGUUGCAGAGGUGUGUCUGUGUAUUUCAUUGUUCAUCUUCCUUUUUAUCCUGCAGAAUUCUUCAGGCUGGAUGUUUAAAUAAACCGUCAGGGAAGAGGGUGAGGAAGAUUAAAAUCCGGGCAUGUGGGGAAAGUUCACAGGUCUACAGUUCAUAAUAAUCCUUGGCUGGUCUGUAAAAAACUGAUCUGUAAAAAAUGUUACUUGAAAGGAGAGAGAGAGAGAGACAGACAUUGCACAUACUUCUGUAAACCAAGAACAUCUUUAAUAAAAUAAAAUUAAAUUAAAAUCCUCAGCUGGUAUGCGGGCAGGGGUUUCUUUGACAGACCUGUCCCAUCCUUUUUUGCCGUGAACAUCCUAUCUUUGUUUGCUUGGAAGGAAGCCCCACGGAUUGCAGUGGAAUUUCUCCCAAGGAAAUGUGUGAAGGAUUGUGGUCAGCAGGUUUUGCAUACCAUUUCCCGCCUCCAAACUUUCUCUCCCACAUUUCCCUCCUCCCCAGUAACACUUGUCAACACUGCAUGGAUUCUGAAGAGGUGGAUUGGGGUCGCCAAAGGCUUACCGUUCUGAAUUUUUUUAUUCUUUGCCGUUUUCGUUGCAGCAAACUGACUGGGCUACCCUUGGUGGUGGCUGGCGCCUGUAGGUGCUUUUACGGCGGAAGGCACAGUAGGCAGAGCCAAGAUUGUUAGCUGCCCCCUAUUCUUCUCACAAGAUUCCCAGAAUUCCCUGGGAAGAGGAAUGGACGGUUUAAACGUAACAAACUACUGCUCCCAGGAUUCUUUGCAGGAAGCCAUGACAGUUUUUGGGGUGCCCAAACUUUUUUCAAAGAGGGCCAGAUUUGAUGAAGUGAACAUGCAUGAGGGCCAACCAAAGUUGUUCAGCUUUUUUAAGGAUUGAAGUUGUUCAGCUUUUUUUUAAGAUUGACGUUGUUGAGCUUUUUUUUUAGGAUUUUACCCCAGGAGAUAGACUGGAUUAAACAGAGCAGUGGGCCCCUGGAUUAGGACUUUGGACAGGCCUGGUUUAAAGUGUUACAAUACCGCUUUAAACAAAUAGUGUGUAGGCGAAGGUGGGCUCAUCUGUUGUCUUUCCGCAUUAGGUAUCCCACCGAGGUUUCAACAACUGAGGGGGAUCUUCCUUCCGGUGAGGUGAUGUGCAGGAUUCUUGCUGGGUUUCGGUGAGGGACGCCACAACACGUCCCUGUGGGUUGAGCUGAGCUGUGUGUGUGUGUGUGUGUGUGUGUGUGUGUUUAACCAGAGAGAAUCUGGAUUUGCAUUUCCUGUCUAUUGGCGUGUAACCCUCUUAUGAGUCAGCACCGUCAUGUUUCUGAAUGAAGAAGCUGAUUCACCGGCAGAAGUGUGUAGGCUGGGCCCGGCUUCCUGGUCCUUGAAGCAAGCGGCUCUGCCUUUUAAAGGGGAAAUGGUGUGGCCUCGAGUUGUGACAGGGUUUGCAGUACAAGUACAGUGGUACCUCGGGUUAAGUACUUAAUUCGUUCCGGAGGUCCAUUCUUAACCUGAAACUGUUCUUAACCUGAGGUACCACUUUAGCUAAUGGGGCCUCCCACUGCCGACGGAGCACGAUUUCUGUUCUCAUCCUGAAGCAAAGUUCUUAACCUGAGGUAAUAUUUCUGGGUUAGCGGAGUCUGUAACCUGAAGCGUAUGUAACCCGAGGUACCACUAUAAGGAUAGAUCCCGACUGGUUCAGUUUCCGUUUCCCUUAUGUGGUGGAGGUCUGGGUUCAGGGGCGAACGUUGGUAAUGUGACUCUCUGAGCGAGGACAAAAUUUCGUGCCCCCUCUCUGCUCUAAAUACUCACAUUCCGCCGCCCCCCACGCCGGUUCACGUUUUGGAGGAAAAAAAGAGAGGACUAAGUGCAAUUAAUAAUAAUAAUAAAUUCAGAUUUCUAAGCCUGGUGCCUGCAAGUUGUUUGAGGGGCGUGUCUCUCCUACCCACCCUUCCCUGGAGUGGGUCAGCAUUUAUAAACCCAACAGGCAAAAUGCAUUCCUUGUGUAGAAAAUAGUAGAACUGGCUAGAGGGGAUUAGAUUUCUUCCUUUGUUUAAAAGCAGCAGCAGCAACAAUACUGGACAGCUUGAGCUUUUUAAUGUGGCAUUGCGCAGCUGAGCUAUCUGGAGAGUAGAAUCAUAUGGUGCAGUAGGAGAUAUUGGGAACUAACAAGACCUGAUUGUCGCCAGAAUAAUAAUAAUAAUAAUGUGCACCGCCAAUCUGACUGGGUUGCCCUGGCCACUAUGGGUGGCUUGCAACAAAAUAUUAAAAACACAGUAAAACAGGGGUUGGCAAGGUUUACCCGUGAUUUCCAGUGUUUGCGCCUGUGCAGACGCGAUUUCCGGCGCCGCGGAAGCGAGUCCCUGUGCUGUGCCAGUUUAGCGCAGCGCGCAGGGACUUAUCGAGUGGGUGGCUCGGUUCAGGGUUAGCUCAUGGGCCAGUUAAAUGACCCCCCCCAAGGGCCGCUUGUGGCCCAUGGACCUUAGGUUGCCUACCCCUGCAAUAAAACCUCAAUAAAACCACAAUAAAAACUACCCUUUACAGGACUGCCUUCAGAUGUCUUCUAAAAAUCAGGCAUUUAUUUCUUUGACAUCUGAUGAGAAGGUGUUCCACUGGGAGGGUGUGAUUAGUUAAUGGAACCUCUCCACUGAGAAUAUUAAUCUGUUGGUAUAACAAGGUCUUGAUUUUGGUCAUUAACAUAGUUAAAGAAAGGGGGCCCUUGUGUCUUCGAAGGUAUCUCUCUUCAUUAUGCCUUUGACUGCCCUCUUGUGUCUGCUGAGAGGUUCCUUGUAACUUCACUUCUUGCAAUGAGGGAACUGCCAGAAGGCCGUCACGGGCUGGACCUCUGUGUCUGGGCUGAACCGUGGGGUUGGAGACGCUCCUUCAGUGUUAUUAUAUUUUAAUGCACAAACAGACAGCUUGAAAUGGGCAUCAAUUGCAUAACGCUAGUUGGCCAAGAGAUUGUCUCAGCUUGGAGAAACUUGGCUCUGUUGCAUCUGUCAUGUUGUGAUAUUAAUUGGUUGACGCUGCCAAAUCUGGUAGUUCCAUCAAGGUAGAAGUGUCCCACCGUGUCCUGGUAGCCUGACUGAAAUUGGUCUGGUGCAUUGCUGAAGCAUAAAGGGGGAGAGUUUCCAAGUGUCCACUGCACCAUUGUAAGGAGGUUUCAUGCAUUCACAUGCCUGAACUUGUUCUGUAAGUAAACCAGCUCGAUUUUGCACAAGAGCUGAGAUUCCCGACAUCAAAAUGAGUGUGCAACGUGGAAACGAGCACCUAGCGCAGCAGCCGUUUUUAAUCUGGUCCAGGCGACCCCACAAAUUUGGUACAUUUCGAGGUAAAAAAAUGGGUCAUGUUGUGAUUCUUUUAAUGGAAUGCGAUGCAUAAGAGAGGGAAGGUUUGUGUGGUGGGAGACGUCAUCUCUGGGGAAACAAACAGUACCAUCUUGGAACUUGGCGAGGCAGGAAAUCAAUAGUGCAGCAAGCUGAAGGGGCUGUGCUGGGAAUGGGGCAAGUUCCUUCUGGCUGGUGGUGGCUGCAGAUAGUGGAAGGAAAUGCGGGUUGGGGUUAUCCAGUAAGACAGGAAGGACGGGCCAAAAGAGCCAUCAGGUGCCUGAGCCUCACAAGUACGCCUACAGCUCUUGAAACCCACCAGCUCUUCCUUCCCCUUUCUGCACAAUGAAAAUGGAAGUUAUUCUGAACCCUGAAGGUUAUUCUGAACCCAUGCUCCUUCUGGGAGGAGCUGAUCUGGAUCUUGUGCUGCCAGGGCUGUGCACGAGAGGCAGUAUGGUGUAGUGGUUAGUGUUGGACCCGAGAGACCAGGGUUCCAAUCUCCACUCAGCCGUGAAGCUCACUGGGUUGACCUCUCACCCUAACCUACCUCACAGGGUUGUUGUGCGGAUGAAAUGAGGGUUGUGCAUUUCACCCUGAGCUCCUUGGAGACAAAGGUUAAAGGCCCAUCGAGUCCAACAUCUUUGAUCACAUUGUGCAGCCAGAUGCUUGCCAGCAAGACCUGAGUGGAACAGCAUUUUCCCACUUGUAAUUCCCAGCAGCUGGUAUUCCAAGGCAGACUGCCUGAUAGCUCAGUUGGUUAGAGCGUGGUGCUGAUAAUGCCAAGGCUGCAGGUUUGAUCCCCAUUUGGGACAACUGCAUAUUCCUGCAUUGCAGGGGGCUGGACUGAUCCUCAGAGUCCCUACAAAAUUCUAUGACAGGAUCCAGCCAUUGUGGCUAGUAGCUAUAGCAGCUGGGACAUCCAGAAAGCAGCUACAUAUUCUGCAAAUAAGAACAUUUAAUAAUAAUAAUAAAUAAAUUGAUUUAUAUACUGAUCUUCACCAAUCAAAAGAUCCUAGUGUGGUGUCCAUCAUUUAAUAAUAAAAGCAAAAUACAAAGCAUAAUAGACAGCAUAAUAGUCAAAUAAUUAUAAUACAGUAAUCAUUUUGAUAUUAUACUGUACUGUACUUUGUUGGCAUCCGUCUGUCUCAAGAGACAAUGGAGUUUGCCUCUGGCGGUCAAGUCCAACCACUGCAUGAUAUACGACACAGGAAUGUUUAAGUGUUACUUUGAUCAUCCUUGGGUCUUCCCAACACACUUGCCCUUGUCUCCUGCCACACCCUUUGAGAACCACUGACUUAGAUCGUGAGGUUCUUAGAUGUAGACCUAGAUCUCUUGAGCUAAUAAUGGGUCAGGAGAGGACUCUGGGAUGAUGGAAGUUGUGCUCGGCAAAGUUUGAUCCAUCAAGUGGAGUUUGCUUUCUUUUUGCUGCUGCGCAAGGGAAAUUAAUGUUGUCUUGCCUUGUUCUCUGUUUGCAUUGGCCAACUUCGUGACUCGGCUCUGAAUGCCUUUCCCCCUUUGUUCUGGCUUGCAGAGAAACAAAUAGAAUGGGUUAGUAUUACUCGAACAUCAUUUGGAGGGCUACGGAUUCUCCGCCUCUGACCCACUCCAUCAUCCUUGUUUACCCUAGUGGGAAACUCACAAACAGGUCACUAGUGCAAUGACUGUCUCCUGCUGUCAUCCCCCAGAAUCUGGAGGCAUUUUUGCCUCUCAUCCCGGGCGUACAAAGCAGCCAAGAUGACCAGCCAAGCAGCCAAUGAUUGUCUCAAUCCCCCAUGAAUGUCCCCAAUGCUCUGCCAUUCCUGGAAAGCUUCUGGACAUGACGCACAAGCCGAGUUCUCUCUCAUGUAGACUAGGCUGCCUUGCUGACUAGUUACAGCCUUGCGUUUCUGGAGUGCAUUUGUAGAAGAGCUCCACAUAGUGGCUUCGGAUUUAUUUUUAAAACAAUGUCGAAAGCAUUGACUCGAGUUGCUGCUUUGCUUUUUUAAAAUAAGUAUCCCUUCUCCUUUUCUUUAGGUGAAAUUUUUUUGCUUUCCACCCGGCGUUGCCCAUUUAAUUCAAACUCGGUCAGCUAGCAACACUUCCUGUUGACGCCCUCCCUUAUUGGCUGGUGUUUCGCAGACGCCAAAUAAAGCAACAGUAUAUAAAGAGAGGAUGUCAGGCCGGCUGCUGUGGAAGGAGCUUUUUGUGUGGGUGGCUCAGUUGUGAAUGGGAUCAUAACUGCGGCUCGCUCUCUUAUCUUCCUGGCAGCAUUGAGAAAGGGGGGCGGGGGCGGGGAACUGUUAUUUUUGUUUCAUUUCCUUUUUCGAGGCUGAAACUGUGUUGCAGCCUGUAAAAUCCGCAAGCAUUUGGAUGGACGCUAUUGCACUUGCAAAUUUCUCACGGGUGUGAUUCUCUUGAAUUUUCUUUCACUGCUUCAGAUUAUUCGUGCUUUUGUUAUAAUAAUAAUAAUAAUAAUAAUAAUAAUAAAUAAUAAUAAUAAUAAUUUUUAUUUAUAUCCCGCCCUCGCCAACCGAAGCCGGGCUCAGAGCAGCUAACAACAGUAAAACGAUAAAACAUUCUAAAAUCAUUUCAUUAUGAAAUUAAUUCCAAUCAAGUUAAUGGCAACCAUUGGGCUAGAAGUUCUGUGAGGAUUGCCAAAGGAGGGGGUCAGGCUGUGCCCUGGCCAAAGGCCUGGUGGAACAGCUCUGUCUUGCAGGCCCUGCGGAAAGAUGUCAAGUCCCGCAGGGCCCUAGUCUCUUGUGACAGAGCGCUCCACCAGAUCGGAGCCACAGCUGAAAAAGCCCUGGCUCUGGUUGAGGCCAGCCUAACCUCUCUCCUUAUGAAGGGUCAGGCCCAAAAACUAGACUCUGGGGAAAUUUUUGUGGGCAGGGCUAAGGCUACAACGGGGCAUGUCGGUCAGUGUGACAUACCACAACCCUCAAUACAAGCAGUCACGGGCAUUGAAAAUUCAAGAAGAAGAAGAAGAGUUUGGAUUUGAUAUCCCGCCUUUCACUCCCUUUAAGGAGUCUCAAAGCGGCUAACACUCUCCUUUCCCUUCCUCCCCCACAAGAGACGCUCUGUGAGGUGAGUGGGGCUGAGACUUCAGAGAAGUGUGACUAGCCCAAGGUCACCCAGCAGCUGCAUGUGGAGGAGUGGAGACGCGAACCCGGUUCCCCAGAUUACGAGACUACCCCUCUUAACCACUACACCACACUGGUUCUCUGAGUGCAGUAUUCGUUUAUUUACAUUUAUAUCCUGCCUUUUCGCAAAGGACUCGCCGGAUUGUGCAUGGUUCUCCCCUCUUCAUUUCAUCCUCUUAACAACCCUGGUCUCUCAGGUCCUACAACACUCUAACCACUGCACCAUAAAAAGGUAAAGGGACCCCUGACCAUUAGGUCUAGUCGUGGCCGACUCUGGGGUUGCGGCUCUCAUCUCGCUUUAUUGGCCGAGGGAGCCGGCGUACAGCUUCUGGGUCAUGUGGCCAGCAUGACUAAGCUGCUUCUGGCAAACCAGAGCAGCGCAUGGAAACGUCGUUUACCUUCCCACCAGAGUGGUACCUAUUUAUCUACUUGCACUUUGAUGUGCUUUCAAACUGCUAGGUUGGCAGGAGCAGGGACCGAGCAACGGGAGCUCACCCCGUCGUGGGGAUUCGAACCGCCGACCUUCUGCUCGGCAAGUCCUAGGCUCUGUGGUUUAACCCACAGCGCCACCCUCGUCCCAAUACUGCACCAUACAGACCCUGAUUUAAAAAUAAAAAUGUACAAGUGGUUUUGGACACAAUGUAAUGUGUGGGGACAACACACAGCAAGAGCCUGUCUCUUGUGCUUCCGUUGGGUGCCUGUGGACUGCAUCUCCCAUCAUCCUGGAUCAUUAGUGAUGCUGAACGGGGCUAAUGGGAACCGCAGUGUAGCAACAUCUGCAGGGCUGCAGCUUCCCCAUUCCUUGUGUGCAAACCUGUUCCUAACACAAGGAGAGAUGCAUAAUGUCCAUGUCGGAUAUACCGUACCAAGAAAUGAAGGGAACAGGAAGCGUGAAGGGACAUGUGCUUCCUCUCCUCCCUGUGUCUCCAAACCAUUCCGUAAUGUCUGGAACCACAGACUUUCCAGGUGUGUUUGAACCUAGGCCUGCUAUAAACGCCUUAUCUGCCAGAAAAUCAACAUUUCGCAGAGCCUUUUCAGGUUGGGAUGGACAAGGCUUUAGUUAGAAGUUGGGUUUUCCUUGUUAACGUCCUUUCCUUGAAUUGUGCUGGUAACAAUUGCACGGGAAGAAGCUGAGGAAUGUUUCUCUCUCUCUUUCAUCUUCAGAUGCUAACUACUGCCACCCUUCUUGUUUGCGCUGUUCUUGAGUUCCUCCCUGGAGAAUUGUAUGAAACACCCCCCCCCCCCCCGCUUUAUUUAUUCUGCGUUUCUCUUACAUAAGCAAAGGAAUGUUGGUGCAGUUCAAGAUUUCCUGAAUUCAAUCCUCUAUUGUGGUUCAGGCUCAAAAUAUGCUUUAAAACCACACAAAACACCUGUGGGUGUAAAAUAAUGGUUUAUGGAAGCAUGCUGUUAAGCCUAGGAAACAAGGUACUAUUCCUUAAGGAUAUUGGUAUGAAUGCUCCCCUUUCAAAGACUGAUCAAUACCUUUUCCAAAUAGCCUUUGAGUUGACUUGUUGGCUGCUGUUUCUGCUGUUGUAUUCUGUAACAGUGGUACCUCAGGUUACAUACGCUUCAGGAUACAGAUUCUGCUAACCCAGAAAUCUUACCUCAGGUUAAGAACUUUGCUUCAGGAUGAGAACAGAAAUCGUGCUCCGGCGGUGCGGCGGCAGCAGGAGGCCCUAUUGGCUAAAGUGGUGCUUCAGGUUAAGAACAGUUUCAGGUUAAGAACGGACCUCCGGAACGCAUUAAGUACUUAACCUGAGGUACCACUGUACUAGUCAUUCCAAUUAUUCCAUUUUUAAAAAAUGCCACCUGCUCAGGACAGUGUGAUUGGUCCUUUCCUCCACCAUAACUUUAUCUUCACAAGGCCCCUGCAAGGUCAGUCGGGCUGAGAGUGACAGCUCAAGAUCACCCGAUGAUCCUUGUUAGUGUUUGUUACUAUGCUACGUGCGUUAUCUUUGUGUUUUUAUGUUGUAAACAGCCCUGUGAUCCUCGGAUGAAAGUGGCGUAGAAAUGUACUAAACAAGAACAGAAAUAAAUGAAGCUUCAUGACAAAGUGAGGUUUGGUUUUUUAAAGGUGUUUUUUUGGGGGUCCUUUGUAUUUAUUUUUUUACUUCUUAAUGUAUUUACAAAAUUCUACUUUUCUUACGUUCAAGAGCCCAAAUCAGUUAACUGCAAAGCAUUUUUAAACCCAGCAACCAUAAAUAAAAAUCUUAGGGGAACGAACAGGUGACUCAGGCAUAGAGCACAAUCUUUGCCUGGCAUCCGAUACGAUAUCUUUAUUGUCAUUGUCCCAUGCAGAACAAUGAAAUUGAAAAACUACACAAACCAUUCAAAACCCCCUAAAAACUCUAAAAUCCCAUUUUAAAAUACACUAUACUAUAGAGACCCCUUAUGCUGCGUUCAGAACCAGAAUUGCAUUUACGUAGAAACUGUUUCUCAGGCAGCUAGUCCUGGCCUUUAUACCCCUAUGCCUUCUUCCAGAAGGCAGAAGCUGAAAGAGAUCAUUUCCGGGGUGCGUACUAUCCUGCCGCUUUCUUAUGGCACCUGACAGCAUAGAUUUGAUCUAAGGUGGGAAGAGUGCACCCAAUUAUUAUCUCCGCAGUCUUUACAACCCUGGACAGCAUUGUUUUUCCCCUGACCGUGCAGCUCCCAAACCACACACACAGAACAUAAGUUAAUACACUCUCCACAGUACAAUGGUAAAAUGCCAUCAACAGGUCCUUUGAGAGAUUGUUUUUCCGGAGGAUUCUCAGAAAAUAUAACCUCUGCUCUGUCUGUCUCUGGAGGCAAUGGAGGUUUGCGCCUUUUGGGAGUAAAGUCAAUCUAUUGGAGAGUCGCAGCGCCUGCUGUGGCUGUAGAGACGGAUACAGGAGAGACGUGUUUUGUUGCAGCUGGGGAAGAUGAAGGCGCCCAGUUUUGUCGCUGCAGAUACACCAUGGCGUUUCUUCUCUCUGAGCUCCUCCCAGCCGUCAUUCCUCCUCUGGUCACUGCUGUGGAUACACAACUUGACUGCUUGUCUCCAGGCACUGCGGUCGUCCGCGAGGGAUUCCCGCAUGGAAGGGUUGGUUUUGCCAGCCUUUGUGUCAUGUUUGCUGACAUCUUUGUAACACACAGAGUUGGUCUGGCAAUGGGCCCUGGUGCCUGAAACCAGCUCCCCGUAGAGCACAUCCUUGGGGAUCCUGCCAUCUUCCAUUCUGUGGGCAUGACCAAGCCAGCGCAGAUGUCAAGGAGACAGGAUUGCGAACAUGCUGGGAACAUGGGCUUGCGAGAGCACACGUUUGUUUGAGACUGUCCUGCCAUGUGAUGUCCAAAAUACUCCUGGCCAGGGUGGAUUUGAUUUUAAUCAAAUCAAUUUAAAUCACGAUUUAAAUCACUAGUCAGUAAGACGUGAUUAGAAUCAUUUUUUUUUACAGAAAGACUCAUUCUUGCUGGUGUAAUCUUAAUAUUUACAACCAGUGGAAGGUUUCAUUUUUGGAAUAAUACAUUUUUCAGAGUAGUUUUUACAGUUAUAUAAAAAAUGACUGAUUUGGUUAUGCUGUUAGAAAUACACAGACAGAUAAUUAUGAAAUUAUUGUGAGGUUUAAUAAGUUAACUGUUUAUAUUUGGACAACUUUUCUGCUGUACUUCAUUGGAAGGAGAAAAAUAAUCAUUUCCUUAAUAAGGAUUUAAACAAUUUAUUUAACUAAAACAAUAACAUUAUAGCACAUGUAUCCCUGUUUGUUAACUGAGGCGGUUAAACAAUUUCUUUAAACAAAAACGCCUUAGACUGAGUUUUAGCACACAUGUAAAACUUAAACCAAAUCCUUAUUUCCUGAUGAAUAGCCUUUGGACUAUAAUGUAACUUAAAUAGAAAACUAUCUUUAGAAAGAUAUUUCCUCUGAAAGCAUUUUAUUUUAAAAAUCCAAUUUAAAGGGGGGGAAUCAAAUUUAAAGGGGGGAAUCCAAUUUAAAUGGGGGGGGAUCCAUUUUUUUAUUUUUAAAAGAUCUUUUAUUUUUGUCCACCCAUGGAAGCCGUUAAAGCAUCACUCCUGGUGGGUGUAAGCUGCAGAUCUAGCAGGCCUGCACAUUGAGCGUGCUGCUUAAUGGUAGUGAGUUGAGAGCACAGGCUUUGGAUGCAAAACAUGUCCCUAGAUAAGGGUUGGGAUAGAGAGUUGCCUGAGACCCCUGGAAAAAUAUUGAAUGCUACUGAGGAAGAAAAACCAGCAGUCUGACUUGGCAUAAGUGAGGUCAGGAACCUUCUGGCUCUCCAGCUCCACAUCAGCUUCAACCAGGAAGACCAGUGGUCAGGGAUGGUGGGAAUUGUGUGUCAGCAAUAUCUGGGGGGCCACAGGUUCCACACCCCUGUGGUACAGAAAGCGACAUUCUAUGUUCUUGAUCAGGGGUCAGCAAACUUUUUCAGCAGGGGGCCGGUCCACUGUCCUUCAGACCUUAUGGGGGGGGGGCUGGAGUAUAUAUAUUUUUUGGGAGGGAAUGAAUGAAUUCCUAUGCCCCCAGAGAUGCAUUUUAAAUAAAAGCACACAUUCUACUCGUGUAAAAACACCAGGCAGGCCCCACAAAUAACCCAGAGAUGCAUUUUAAAUAAAAGGACACAUUCUAUUCAUAUAAAAACACCAGGCAGGCCCCACAAAUAACCCAGAGGUGCAUUUUCAAUAAAAGCACACAUUCUAUUCAUGUAAAAACACCGGGCAGGCCCCUCAAAUAACCCAGAGGUGCAUUUUAAAUAAAAGCACACAUUCUACUCAUGUAAAAACACACUGAUUCCCGGACUGUCUGUGAGAUUUAGAAGGCAAUUGAGCCGGAUCCGGCCCCCGGGCCUUAGGUUGCCUACCCAUGUUCUUGAUGAUGCAGCAAAAUCGCUGCAGCAGAUCAAUACCAACCUCCCCAAAGGCAUCCUGAAAGUCAGGUUUUAAUUAGCUGGGGAAAAUGUCUUAUGAUGACAGGCAAGACAGACUUCCUUGGGGAGACUGCAGACUUUAGAGCAUCAGCAUCAUCCUCCUUCUCUGUCUACCUGCUGUACUUAAUCCGGCAGGAGGGGGGGCAGGCGUGGGGACAGGACCUCCAAUAUUUCAUUAUUUAUGAUUGCAGUAAAACUUCCUGGCAGUUUACAAGAAAUAUGCAGAUUAUCAAUAACAGUUUAAAUGUUUACAGUUGCUUAAAGUAAUUAAAAUCGGCAGUUAAUCUAAAAAGAACAACAUCAACAUCUGUAUAUCCAGAUAGACUUGCCUAAACAAAAUAGUUUUAAGCAGGUGCUGAAAAGAAUACAGCAAAGGUUCCUGAUAUCCAAUCAGCAGGGAGUUCCAAAGUGUAGCUGCUACCACAGUUAAAGAUCAGUUUCUCACAAAUGUGGAUCGUAUGUGUAACAGGGAGACGUCUGCUUACUGAAGCGGUCAAAUGGGUGUAUAGGGGAAAAGGCAAUUCCACAAUAAACUGGUCCUAAGCGGUUAAGAGCUUUAUAUAUUAAGUUGAUCUGAGUGUAUGAGAGCCAGGGUGGUGUAGUGGUUAAACUGUUGGACUAGGGCCUGGGAGAGCCGGGUUCAAAUCCCUACUUGGCCAUGGAAUUCACUGGGUGGCCUUGGGCCAGUCACAAUCUCUCGGCCUAACCUACCUCACAAGGUAGUUGUAAGGAUAAAAUGGGGAAGAAAACGACCACCUUGAGCUCCUUGGAAGAUAAAGAUGGUUUAUAAAUGUAAUAAACAGAACUUUGUUUUCUGCCUUUUCUUAUAUAUAAAACAAAACGGGGGAAAGUAUUUUUUUAAAAUAAUAAAAAUGUGUACCUUUGGACAUCACGGCAAAUUGUAGCUAGAGGAAAGGCAGACAUAUAGGUAGGUGACACGCUGUUCUUCUGAAUGUUACUGGAAGGCAAAAGUGUGGCAGCGACGACUUGGGUGCAAUUUGUAGGUUGAUUCUUCAACAUCAGCUUUGUUGGACUAGUCAUGUUGUGCAGAUUCCUGAUUAUCGUCUUCCAAAGCAACUACUCUAUUCCGAACUUAAAAAUUGAAAGCGUAAUGCUGGUGGUCAACAAAAGAGGUUUAAAAACUCUCUCAAGGCAAAUCUAAAAAAGUAGUAUAAAUACUGACAGCUGGGACACACUGGCCUGCAAGUGCUCCAAUUGGAGAGCAGCCUUUACCAAAGGUGUCAUGGGCUGAAGGACACCUGAAGGAGCGUCUCCACCCCCAUUGUUCUGCCCAGACACUGAGGUCCAGCACCGAGGGCCUUCUGGCAGUUCCCUCACUGCGAGAAGCCAAGUUAAAGGAAACCAGGCAGAGGACCUUCCCGGUCGUGGCGCCCGCCCUGUGGAACACCCUCCCACCAGAUGUCAAAGAGAAAAACAACUACCAGACUUUUAGAAGACGUCUGAAGGCAGUCCUGUUUAGGGAAGAUUUUAAUGUUUAACAGACUAUUGCACAGUGGUACCUCGGGUUACAGAUGCUUCAGGUUACAGACUCUGCUAACCCAGAAAUAGUACCUCGGGUUAAGAACUUUGCUUCAGGAUGAGAACAGAAAUUGCACGGCGGCAGCCGGAGGCCCCAUUAGCUAAAGUGGUACCUCAGGUUAAGAACAGACCUCCGGAACUAAUUGAGUUCUAAACCCGAGGUACCACUGUAUUUUAAUAUUUUGUUGGAAGCCGCCCAAAGUGGCUAGGGAAAUCUAGCCAGAUGGGUGGGGUAUAAAUAAUAAAUUAUUGUUGUUAUGGGCUUUGAAGACACUUAAACUCGGGACGCAAGGGAGAAACGUGCUAAGAGGAAGGCAUGCUUGGCAAACCCUCACCGUGACCAACUCCCACCCAGAAACCUAUGUCCCCACUGUGGAAGGAUGUGUGGAUCCAGAAUUGGCCUCCAGUCACUUAUGGACUCACUGUUAAAACUGUGUUUAUGGAAGACAAUCUUACUCGGCUAUGAGUGAUCGCCAAAGAAGAAGCAAUCAUUAGGUACUUUUAGGCUGCAUUGAAUGGGUACAAUGUGUCACACACACCCCUGCUCGUGAUAGUAUAUUCCUUCACUCAUUUCAAAAUGGGGCAAGGCAGCCCUGCUCUGUUUGGGGGCUUUCCUGUCCAUUCUUCUGGGUGGGGCCCCAGACCUCUGCCUUGAAAGUCCUGCCCUGCUGAUUCCAGGAGGGUUGAUUCACAGCCUUUGAGAUCUUGAGCUGGGAAGGGAUGGGGUGCUUUUGUGCCUGGGACUAGCCUGCCGUGGGGAAAUUCAAUUUCCAUAGAACUGAAUGACUUUUUAUUUCCUUCGUCAUAACUGGGGAUAGUGGAGGGGAAAACCUGCAAAGCUAGAUUUCCAUGUAAUCUUGGAAACUACCCUCUCAGUUACAAUGAUGCUUUAAUGAUGCAUAUUUUAAAACUAGAUUGUCUUAGGCAGAAAUCUUUGAGAUGGGGUGGUGAUCAGUUGGGAAGCAGAAAGAAUUUGGAAUUGGUUUGCAUUUAAAGGUGAUCCUUGCCUUAUUUGCCCUUCCUGAAACAAACUGAAACACAGCAGUUCCUUCAGAUUUGCACGUCUCUGAAUUAUGCAUGCAGCGUUCCAGCCACGUGCUGUGCACAAGAAUGCACUUAUUAGUGUAAAAUUUGCAUAAAAAUAUAUGCACAAGAAUGCAAGUGUUAGUGGAGAACAACAUGCAAAAACAAAGGGGCUUGCCUUCACUGAAGGCUUUUAAGCAGAGGUUGCAUGGCCACCUGCCAUGGUUGAGCCCCUGGUCUACUGUGCACUGAGCUGCGCAAGAGGUGCGACGGUGUUGAAGGGGUGCAUUUUCAUUUUCUGCCUCCAGCCUUCCUCCUUGUGCUACCUUCGGAGCUUGCAAAGGCCCCCUGCCCUAGAUAGAAGUGAGCUCUGGCCGAGCUCCAGGCUUGUCGGCAAGGCGCUGAGUCACGCUGGCCUCUCUUCCAGUCGCUCCUCGUUCUGAGAAUCUCUCCCCUUGCAGGAAGAGUUGAGUGUGCAGCCCGCUUUCGUUCUGCAAGGCCAGCCACGCUGUUGCUGGCAGACGGGGUCUCGGGGCACCACAUAUUUCAGAGCUGACCUGCUAAAGCACAAGAAUGUGGACAGUCGGUGCCAAAAAAUAAUAAUGUAAAAAGCCAGUGGGAAGCAAGAGCUACGGUGUUGCUGGAACUGUACCUCUUUAGAUUGCAAGGGGGAGAGCUGCACAUCUGAAUGUUCCCACCCCUGUCAAACUCCUCGCAUGCAGUCUUAGAAACUCAGAUACAUAAGCUAGGCGCCAAAAGGCUCUUUAAACCAAGGUUGCAGUCGCCAAAACGGAAUGUCUAGUUGCAAGGCGGCUGCAAAGUCUUUAUUUUUCAAAUAAUGGACGGAUUGUGAUUGAUUCUCAGUUAAACCUCUGGCUAGUUCAGAUGACUACCUUGAGCUAGGUUAAGGGGACGCAGGUGGCGCUGUGGGUUAAACCACAGAGCCUAGGACUUGCUGAUCAGAAGGUCGGCGGUUCGAAUCCCCACGAUGGGGUCAGCUCCCAUUGCUCAGUCCGAGCUCCUGCCAACCUAGCAGUUCGAAAGCACGUCAAAGCGCAAGUAGAUAAAUAGGUACCGCUCCGGCGGGAAGGUAAACGGUGUUUCCGUGCGCUGCUCUGGUUCGCCAGAAGCGGCUUAGUCAUGCUGGCCACAUGACCCAGAAGCUGUACGCCGGCUCCCUCGGCCAAUAAAGUGAGAUGAGCGCCGCAACCCGAGUCGGCCACGACUGGACCUAGUGGUCAGGGGUCCUUUACCUUUACCUUUAAUUUAGAACACUGCCUGCAUGCGGAAAGACAGUACGCUGGGACUUCGCUGUGUGAUAUGCAGAUGCAAAUUUAUUUUGUGAUAUGCAGAUGCAAAUUUAUUUUGCUCGUAGGAACUUAGGAAGCUGCCUGGUAGCAGACCAUUGGCCUAUAUGGCUUGCCAGCGUCUGCUCUGGCUGAUGGCAGCUCUCCAGGGUUUCAGACAUAGGCCUCACCUUGCCUUGCCUGGAGAUGUCUGGGAUCAAACAUUAGGACAUUGUUCUGCAUGCAAGGCUGAUGCUCCACCUCUGAGCUGCAUCGCUUUUGAUGUUUCCCUUCCAUUAGAACGGACUGAAGUUAAUUAUGUAACAGCAUAAUUAAUCCUUGGGUUUCUAAAGAAAUUAAUAAAAUCAGUUAGUUUAUAGGAGAGUUUUAAUAGUUUGGAAGCUGGGUCUGCCCAUUUUGUCUCAUUCGCGCCUCACUACCAUUGCUUAAGAAGAGUAAAUGGAUUGCACCAAGGUCCCACUGGUAAAGAACAGGUUCUUUACAAGUGAGCAACGCUAACGGACAAACUGUGUGAAAAGGACAAUGGUGAUUUUGAAAAAGAAUGGGAACCCUUUACAGUAUAUUUGCAGAAACAACAAAAAAAUAUGGACUCGUUGGCAGGAUUUAAAUAAACAUUUACAAUUUGAUUUACAGAGAGCAAGAAGUAUAACAUAGUAUUAUAUACAAACAGCAGAAUGUAUCAUUUGAUGUAACAAACUAGAAAUGGAAGCUGAGGGACGUCAACAGGGAGGGGGGAAAUUGGAAAAUGAAUGUUUAGUAAGGAUGUUGGAUAUUUGACAUGUGAAAAGAAAAUCUGUAAAAAUUAUUAAACAAAAAAAAGAACAUACUGAGUUUCUUUGUAUUUACAAGGAUGGCAUCAGAUUCUAACCUACACAGUGCAGCUAGUUUUUCAUGGUUGUCUCAUGCAGGAGGGAGAGGGGGAGAGAGAGUGCGCACUCAACCCUGUUACACUCAACCCUGCCCUCUACUGAGUGAAGGCAUGCAAAGCUGCAUAUACCCAAUGUUAAUUAUGUUGCUUUUGGAGGAAGCCGAACUGCAGCCGAAGGGAAACAGCACUGAUUGUGACAAAUGCAGAGGAUGGAAAGCCUUGCCUCCUCACAUUCCUUCUCCCUGCAGGCUGAAAAAUACUGCAUGUUGGUGGGCAGGAGGCUAAUCUGAAUCCUUCUUCCCAGGUGUUCAAGAAUGACUUAAGCCCUGGUUUUUUUCAGUCUGGGCCCCAUAUCUCCAUCCCCUUCUCUCCCCUCUGCAACUUUUAAAAACAUAACCAAAAGAGAUAUAAUUAUUUGCUUAUGGGGUUUGUGGCUGUGCUGCAAAGCAGAAAGCUUGUACAUCUUAAUUUGCUGUGAUUGGAUUUUAAAUUAGCAUCUAUUCGUAUACAUUAGCAUAUGUAAAUUUGUGUCUUGGGCCUGCCUCUUGGCCACACCCCUGCUUCUGCCUGUGAUGCGUCUUUUUCUUGUAUCUGAGAGAGCAUGCCAUGAGUGUGCAAUUCCUUUCCACACAACUACUGUCUGUCUCAAAAACCCUCCUCUUUACUGGUUCUCCAUACCUCCAAGGCUCAAUUGCUGCUUCCCACCCAGCCCCUUCCUGGUUUCUCUUCCUCUAGCUGGUGAAUCUGCUGUGCCCACGGCCUUGCAAGCCCGCUGGAUCGCGGGUUUAGUGCCAGGUCAGCUCAUGUGCCUGAGUCUUGCAUGAGCUGGAAUUUUUUUGCUGAGUUGGAUGAAAAAAAAAAGUCUCCCCCGCCCCUUUUCUCUAGGGGCUUAUGAGAUCACAGUUCUAAAAUCCAAUCAGCAGAAAUGGUUCGAGGGAGCCAGCCUUGCGGGGAAGGUUGCUAUCCACUUCUUAGGCUUUCUGCAGAGCAAACCUCAGCGCGCCUCUCUGUAUAUGGAGAUCUGUGCCGCUGCAGCCCAUCUGGGUCCCAUUAUAGAGGGGCUGAAGAGGCACAGCCUCAUAAUGCAAGAAUUUUGCGGUUAACUCAGCCACCACAGUCCUCCUCCCCACCCCCUUUCCCCACAAGUCUCACUCAACGUAUAUGGUUUAACUUAACGUAAUGUAAUUGGGGCAUUUUUUGGUGAUGACGAAACUCUCUGCUCGUUUGAAGGUAAAGCAAUUGGGUGCCCUAUUGUUUCCUAGACUGACUCACUUCGGAAUGAUAGUUAGGAGGGGGCAGAGAGAGAGAGAGAGAAAGAGAGAUGAACAAGUUUCUCCAGCCGCACUGAAACUUCGAUUUCUCUUUGAUCAGGUAACGAUGACCAGUAUUCCUACCAGCCCUUGGGAAGCAAUAAGACAGUGUGCGUUCUAUUCCAUUAUGUUGUUACUAUUGCAUUUGUGUUCCGUCUUUCCCAUAAAGAACUCAAGGUGGCACGCCUGAUUCUGCCCAUUUCAUCACCACAACAACCCUGUGAGGUUGGUGAAUCUGUCAAAUUUGGUUUCUCGUUUUCCCUAAGUUCAGUUCUCCACAUUAAGUGAUUUUUUAAAAAAAAGGCCUAAUGAAAAUUCACCAGUGUUUGUCUCAAAUUUAUCCAGAUACAUACAUUUACGUAUGCAAGCUUGUCAUAUAUAUAAUAUACAUGCAUGCAUGCAAUUUCCCUUAAUACAGUGGAUGGAGCUUGCAGCUGGUGAGUCAAAAAUGGGGUCCAAUGCGGCCUGCCAGGCCAUUCCCCAACCAUGGUGACAUCAGCCUAUGGGUGGGAGGACGGGGUUUAAUUCUGCGUUGACUGUACCCCCCACCCCAAUACAGAAAUGUAUUGGGGGUGGGGGGGUUUAUGUUAUGUUGUAAAUAAAAUUUCCAAUAAAAUUUAUUUUAAAAUUUAAAAAAUUAAAAAUAAUUCUGCGUUUACUGCAUUCUGUUCCCAGCAGCUAACAGAAAUGCUCGACUUGGUCAGCAGGAUUUAUAUACUGUAUGUAUUUAUUAAAUUUCUACAUCACAGGGUGGUGUACAAUAUAAAAAUGCAAAAAUACAUCACAUAGUAACAAGCAAAACAACACCCCUUCCCGAUGUUCGAAAUUAGCCAGGCGCCAGGUGCGUUUUUUGACUGGUGCUGGUCCAAUUGUAAGCACAUGGAGAUCUCUGGGAUGCCAGGUUGGCGGCCGACAUCUCCGUCUGGCUGGCUGUUUCCAGCUUUCUUACACAGUUAAACAAGAAGAGCUUAUUGUAUUUAUAUCCCACCUUUUCCUCCAAGGAGUGCAGGGUUCACUGCCAUUUGGCAAUGAGCUUAUAUACCUGAGUUUCUAACACUGCUCCCUCCGUAAUUUAAAAGGCCAUAAAUCAGGCUUCUUCAACCUCUUCCCCCCCCAGAUGUUUUGAGACUACAAUUCCCAGCAUCCCUGACCACUGUUCCUGCUAGCUAGGGAUCAUGGGAGUUGUAGGCCAAAAACACCUGGAGGGCCGAGGUUGAGGAAGCCUGCCAUAGAUUGUUUAAUUACUACAUUUUUCGCUCUAUAAGACACACUUUCCCCCUCCUUAAAAAUAAGGGGAAAUGUGUGUGCGUCUUAUGGAGCGAAUGCAAGCUGUGCAGGUAUCCCAGAAGCCAGAACAGCAAGAGGGAUCACUGCAUGUGGUUCUGUCCCUUCCCCCACCUCCCGGAAAAGCCCCCAAGAGCCGUGCUCCCUUUAAAGAGCCGUGCAGAGUGUGUGUGUGGCUCUUGGGGGCUUGUCCCCUGAGGAGGGAGAAGGGCAGCCCGUCAGUGAUGGGGCUGCCCUUCUCCCUCCUGGGGAAAAGCCUGCAAGCGCCGCACACAUGCUCCACGUGGCUUGUGAAAGGGAGCGCUGAGCAGAGCCUGGGAUGCAUACAGACUCUGUUCAGCGCUCCCUUUAAAGAAUAUAUUUUUUCUUGCAUUCCCCCUCUUAAAAACUAGGUGCGUCUGAUGGUCAGGUGCGUCUUAUGGAGCAAAAAAUACAGUAAGCAAAGGCCUGGGAAAAGAGGAAUGUUUUCGCCUGGUGCCUAAAGAUAUGUAAUGAAAGGGGCCGAGCGAGCGUCCCUGGGGAGAACAUUCCACAAAUGGGGAGCCACAGUAGAAAAGCCCUGUUCUUGUAUUGCUGCUAUCUGGACUGCUCAUGAAUGGGGCAAAUGAAGAAGGACCUCGGGUGAUGAUUGCAGGAUCUGCGUCAGUUCAUAUGCGCUUGCUCGAGCUUUAUAAUCAGCAUUUGAGGCUCUGUAAUCUACUGGUGAAAGCUGUGUGAUUAGUGAGUACCAAGGACAGAGCCUCUUUUACGGCGACUCCACAUUUUCUUUGGAAGAAUGUCUGGCCUCCCUUUUUGCAUGUGGUUAGUUUCAAUGCCCGGUGCUUUUCAACAGAGGUUUUCUCUGCUGCCGCCACCUUAGCUAUUUAUUUAUGGUUUGUUUAUUCAUUCUGCUUUUACAAGUAUGCUGUAAUCUGCUUUACGAGGGGCUAGUUACCCCCAAAAGCGAGCUGGGAAUCUAUUUAGUACCAUGUCAGGGAUUGAGUGUUCGAAUCUGUCCUUAAAGGAGUAGAUGCAUUUGGGAAUCGUACUAAGUAUAUGGUGUCUAGCAGCUUAGUUAAUAAUAAUCAGGACUGGACCUCUGCCACCUUUAAUAGCUGGGCAGAAGAGGGAGGUUUAUCCGUCUUGGGAGCAAACAUCGUCUCCCCUCACCCUUCCUAAAACUCAGCUGCAGAGAGGUCCCAGUUUUGAUUGAGACUUUGGUGUAGAGGAAGGGAUCUAACUUUUGCAACCAUGCUGUAGCGCUUACUUAAAAUCUCUCUUACCCCACCCCGCACUGAGCAAAGAGGUACAUUAUUAAAUCAUCAUUAGCCCCUCCAGACAGUUUUUUUUAUUUGCAGUAUUGAUGCAAUAAUCGUACAUUUGUGGCGGAUGGUGCAUCAGUUCGAUAACAGUGCACAAAUGCUCCUCCUAGCACAGAUCUUGCACCGAGUCGUGUUUCACUCCCGUGCCUGCCUGCCUAACUUCAAACAAGUCCAUCCAAUCUCUUCUCUUUCUGCCUCCCUCCCGGCUGCCCUCCUUCCCCCUCCCCGGGAAAAAAUCAAAACCCCCGCAAGCGCACUGGCAUAGGGUUACCGAUUCCACUCUCCUCCUGACAGCUGGCUUGCUCAUGUUCCAAAAGAGGAUCUCUUGUUUCGCUCCUGACGCAGGUUGCUGUGAAGGAGGCCGGGCUUGGCAGUUUGGCGUCAACUGGAUAGGUGAGAGCUGUCACCAGGAGGCACCCUCUCCCGAAGAAGUUCCAUAGCUACCCAGCUACAGUGGAACACAAACAAAACCUUUUCACCGGUGCUAUUAUUAUAUUACUGUUAUUAUUUGGUUUAUUUUAAAAACCACACACGAGGUAGCCUUUGUUUCCGUCGUCGGCUUCCCCUUCCAUAUCUUGGAGAGAUGCACGGUGCUUCUUAAGCCAAAUGCAGGGAGUUUGCAGGCCUGUGUAAGUUGAGGUUCCUGCAUUGCAGCGGGGUUGGACUAGAUGACCCUUAGGGAGCCCUCCAAUUCUGCAAUUCCAUGAUUCUAUGUUUGCCAAGGGCACACACACACACACACACACACACACACAGAGCCUUGCAAGGGGCUGAAAUGUGGGUUGCCAGUGUGGCACUUGUGGGCACACAUCUGCCCACAAACGUUUGCCUUCGUGCCCACAGGGUUCCAUUAUCUCGGCCCACCCCCAUCCCUGCUGAAAUUGUGCUUGAAAGAGGCCGCCUUUAGCCAAUAAAAGACUCAUUUUAAAAGCCCAACCAGGGGCAAUUUCAGGGAUGCCACAGAUGGGGAGAAAGGGGUUUUGGCCUGCAGCCCCUCCUCUGGUUUGCAAAUGUACCCACGGGCCCUGAAAGGAUGAUGGCGCCCUAUGGACAUAAACUUGUAGGCCAGACCUGCUUUGGGUGUGUCCCCAUUGGAGUUCUGAAACCCGGGUUUGUCCAUGUAAUGUGCGAAAUCACACAAGGGUUGCCAAGUCUCGGAGUGUCUCCAGUGUUAGUCUUACCCAGAGAAGACCCAUUGAAAUUAAUGCACGUGAUCUAUCGAUUUCAGUGGGCCCAGUCUAAGUAAAACUUAAUUGGAUGCCACCCUUUGUAUUUGAUCUGAAGUUUCAGGGCAGGAAGGAAUAUCUGAGCGGAAGGUGCUAGAAUUCGUGUCUAGCUACCUUCUGUUGACCAAUUUCUCACUCUUGGCUCCACCCCAUGUCCAAUAGGCUCCGCCUACUGUUACUGUUACUGGGGAUGUGGGUGGCGCUGUAGGUUAAACCACAGAGCCUAGGACUUGCCGAUCAGAAGGUUGGUGGUUCGAAUCCCCGUGACGGGGUGAGCUCCCGUUGCUCGGUCCCUGCUCCUGCCAACCUAGCAGUUCGAAAGCACGUCAAAGUGCAAGUAGAUAAAUAGGUACUGCUCUGGUGGGAAGGUAAAUGGCAUUUCCGUGCGCUGCUCUGGUUCGCCAGAAGCGGCUUAGUCAUGCUGGCCACAUGACCCGGAAGCUGUACGCCGGCUCCCUCAGCCAAUAAAGUGAGAUGAGCGCCGCAACCCCAGAGUCAGCCGCGACUGGACCUAAUGGUCAGGGGUCCCUUUACCCUUUACCUUACUGUUACUCAAAAUAUUUGGGAGAACUGUUUUAGAGAGACAAAGUGUGAUUGUCGUCUCGUGUAUGCCUGUGUUGCAGCUGACCACCAUCUUUGAAGGGAAAAAUCCCCUUUUCUCAUAUCCAGGAAGGAAUGACUGUUUCAAAUCUAUUUAUCAUAAAGGUAUCUGCUAUCCACAUUUUUAUUAACCCCCCCAUUCGUAUUACAAGCAAUUUGGCAUUUAUCUGUUGGCUUAAGCUAAAAACAAGGGUCAUCGAGGUCACUCCUGACCUAAAAAUAAAAAUCAGAUUCUGUCUUUGUGCACAGAGAGGAACAUUUCUAGGAAAGUGGGCAGUUUUCCGGCCGAGAAACAACAGCACAUUACUCACAAACGCCCCCACCCUAAACCUGAUCUGUCCCCUAAAGUAUUAUUCCUCUGAAGUAACUAUCUCCUCUGAAGUCGACUUUCAGGUAACUCUUCCACCUGCCUACAGUUCUUAGUAGAUGCUUCUGCUGUUUCAUAACUCAUUUAUUUCAUAAGAAUUAUAUGCCACCUGAUUGUUAAAAACAACAACAAGGAAGCCUCAAAGAAGUUUUUAGAAUACUAGAAUUCAACAACGGCAAGGUUUUUAGAAACAGUACUCAAUAUUAUAGCUAGAUAAUAAAAUGUUAUAAUUAACAACAAUGUGUUUUUAUUAUGUCAUUAGCUGCUUGGGGACUUUUUGUGCAACCAGAGUUGCCUCGGGGCAAGAAAAAGCCACAAAAAAAUUGAAUUUAUAGUAAGUGGGAUAGCUCAGUCUGUAGAGCAUGAGACUCUUAAUUUUAGGGUUGUGGGUUUGAGCCCCACUUUGGGCAAAAAAAUCCUGCAUUUCAGGGGGUUAGGCCAGAUGAUUCCCCGGGGUCCCUUCCAACUCUAUGAUCUUAUGAUUUCCUUUUUUCCCAUUUUUUUUAAAUUUUCCACAUUUAUAACAGAAAUAACAUACACAACACACAAAACAAAACACAUUUACAAUACUGAAGAAAAAAAGAAAAUAAAAACACUUAUUACUUCUAAGACCUAAUUUAACUUUCAUUGUCAAGUGACUUCCUCAAAUCCCCCCUAAGUGAAUUUCAUUGUAUCACCUUGUAACAGUUCUCCAAAAUCAUAUUUCUAAUAAAAUUAACUAAAAUUUCCUAAGCCUACUUUGGGUUGCACCUUGGUUUGAUUCAGUUACAAUUCUGUACAUGAAUGGGGCUUGCCUUUCCGUGAGCCACCAGACAGGGAGCGAAAUAUUGGGGUGCUGGCAUGGGCGUAGCCAGGAUUUAUCUUGUGGGGGGGCAGGUAGCCAGGAUUGGGGGGUGGGAGGGGCAGGACACCCACCUGUCAUCAUACUCAGCAGAUUCGGAAGGAAAUGUCUUCACAACAGUUCUUUUACUUUUCUUUUGACCCCCAAGUGCUUCGAAAAAUCUGUCCAUCUUUCUACAGUGAAGAGCUUUCCCCCUGCCGUAAAAAAAUGUUUAGGGGUGCAUACUCUCAUUUUCCUAUUCCUUUUGAAAUACUGCCCCUCAAUGAGACCAAACUUUAGAUUCGCAAAAUGUUUAGGUGCAUGCGUCCCUCAGGAAAAAAUAAAAAGCACCGCUACAGUGUAUACUUGUGGUUAAGUAUUUUUAUUUAUUUGCUUGAUUGGGAGGGAGGGAGGGGCGGCAGCUGCCCAUGGGGGCCGCUCGCCCCCUUUCCGCGUUUGCAGAGAAAGGGUCCCCGGUUCGAAUCCUGCGCUGGGGUUUCCAAUGCAAAAAGUCUGGCUUGGGCUGCUGGAUCAAUCUCCUUUUUGGGCGAGCGGCAGUAGCAGGAGGAGGAGGCUGCAAUGAGCAGCCUCCGUGGCCCGUCCCAGAGCUGCCGUCUCCCUUCCGCCCCGAUUCCCGGGAGCCGGGGCUUUUCCUCGCCCGCCCCCCGCGGGCAGCCUGGCCGCUGCCUCCCCGAGUUGGCGGCCUUCCAGUUUCCUGUUUGACGUCACGGGCCUCUCUCUUUCUCUCCUCUCUCCUGCCGCUGCUGCUGCUCUUUUUUGCAACUUGCGCUGCGUUCCGCUUGUAAUCCGAGAAGCCCCCGGAACGGGGCAACCUCAGCUGCCGCCUGGAGAGAUCGCGCUGCGCUUUACUACCGCCGGGAGUUGGUUCUCCCUCCUCCCUGCUGCCUCUCUCGCGGGGUCUCUUUUUUUAGCCUGCGGGAGGAAAAGGAAAAAAAAUAAAAAUUCGGAUUGCUUUGACUCUGUGCAAACCUUUCCUCCCUCCACUCGCCUCCUUGCUGCGGGUUUUCUGCACGCCGAGAGCACGAAGGAAGAGUGUUUUAUUUUUUUUAAGGGAGCAGGAGGCGAAAAGAAGCAAUUGGCGGAUAAAGGUUCUAGUCCGCAAGAACUUGGGAGCAUGCACCCGUGCUUUUCCGACUAGCCGCCGCUUCUUGCAGCCGACCCGGGGUUGCUUUUCUGCAGGGCGCAAAAUCGCCCCUCCGAGGCGUGCCGUUCGCUGUUCUUUCACUUCUGGGAAACCAACAUGGACAGAAAACAAGGUAGAUGUGUUGCAACUGUCGGAAAAAGGGUGGCGGAAGGCUUAAGAGAGGUCGAUUGCAAUGCAGCUCGUGCUGCUCCCAAGGCGCCUUUAAAUGCCCUGCGUGCAAUUGCUAAUUUUAAUUUUUUUAUUUUGCAAAGGAGGGUCUGUGCUCGGCGGAGAGUCGCAGGAAACUUGCAUGCUUUUGCGGGGAGGUGCCGGGAACAGCCGGAGGAAGGGAUUUGCAAUGUGGGGGCUGGGGCGGCUGUAAUGUCAGCCUGGUUCAAUCAUGAGCGUGCAAAAAAAAAAAAAAAAAGUUUUGCAGGGGGGUAGAGUUGGGUGGUGCAUUUUGUGUGUGUGGGUCUGCGCGGAAAUGCUUCCCCGUUGCACAACUUUACCCCCCCCCCCAGCGCCGGGUUAUUGUUCUGCAGAGCACUUUAACGUUGCAUGCUGCCUUGCAAGCCCCCCCCGCUCCCUUUUCCAAGUUCUGAUUUUAGCUUUGGCAGUUGACAGGUAACACUCUCUGGGGUUGCCUCUGCAGCUGCUGCUGCUGAGUUUUUACCUCUCUCCCCCCCCCCUUUUCCCUUCCUUUGCACAGGCCCCUGCGACUUGGAAAGGGGACUUUUCUUAGUGAGCUGCUUUUUCCUCUCUCGUCCGCCUCCCCUCCCCCACGCCCAGUUGCAACUUCUGCAAACAAAAAGGUCACUUGGCCCUUGCAGGAGAAAGCUCUCCGGGGGUCGGCGAUGGGGUGAUGGGCGGCAGCUAGAGGCUCACAGCCCCCCCAAGCGCUUGCAAAGCUUGCAAUGUCCACAGUUGUUUUGUGUGUGUGUGAAUGACAGAGAGCGUGCGUGCGCACGCACCUAAAAGCUCUCUGUUCCUAGACCAAGAUGUGCUCGGUCCAUUUAUUUGUUCCGCAGUCUCCACUUGUUUGUGGACCAUUGAGGGGGCGGUUUAUAAUCCUGGGGUAUAAGGCGAUGCACUUUGCACGUGCACAAAAGCAGGGGUUUUUUGCCUUGCCAUGCAUGCGUUCCCAACAUGUAUAUAUCUCUGUGUGCUCCCGUGGACCUGAUGGUGCAGAAAGGCCUCUUUGGAGAGGGGUGGGAAAGAAACGCGAACUUUUGCCCCCCUCGCUCAGGACUCCGUGUACUUUCUUGCAAUCUCUGCCGGAUUAAGGCAUGCCUUCGGAACAUCUCUUGAUGUCUGCGGUGGUUUCGCGUUGAGCAAGUUUCCAGUUCUCGGGGCUGGCUGAAAGAAAAGUUUGGCUGUAGAAAGGAAAAGUUUGCAGACAUGCACAUAAUUUCUGCGGCAUCUCUUUCACGGGGAGGGGCAGGGCUUAAGAGGCGGCUGGACGCGGAAAGGCACCCUGCUUCUCAGCCUAUUAUCCUUCCUCUUGAGGCAACAUCUGUGCAGUGCGCACCAGGCAGGAAUCCUUGCAAGCAGACGUAAGAAUAUGCAACCAGCUUGCUUGGAUCAGUUUCAGUGGCUCCUCUAAGUCCAGCAUCCUGUUCUCACAGUGGCCGGCCAGAAAACCACAAGCAGGAUUUGAGCCCCAGAGCGCUCUUCCCUCGCGUGGUUUCCGGCAACUGAUAUUCAGAAGUAUUGCUGCUUCCGAGACCCACUGCUGCUUCCAGAGACAGAGUGUAGCCUAGGGGUCAGCAAACUUUUUCAGCAGGGGGCCGGUCCACUGUCCCUCAGACCUUGUAGGGGGCCGGACUCUAUUUUUUUGGGGGGGAAAGGAACGAAUUCCUAUGCCCCACAAAUAACACAGAGAUGCAUUUUAAAUAAAAGGACACAUUCUACUUGUGUAAAAACACGCUGAUUCCUGGACCGUCCGCGGGCCAGAUUUAGAAGGCGAUUGGGCCGGAUCUGGCCCCCCGGCCUUAGUUUGCCUACCCAUGGUGUAGCCAGUGAUCCCCCCCCCGAAAAAUAGGUGCCUGUACUCGCAAUGAAGUUGUUAUAGUAAGUGCCACACUUUUUAACAACAACAAAAAAGAGGUUCCGGUACUGCAUACCUUUAAGCAUCCCCUGGAAAAAAAUCCCACUGUGUAUAGCCAUCGUGACUUGUGUAGCCAUUGAUAACUUUGCCUUCCAUGAUUGGUUCAUUCCUCUUUUCAAAGCCACCCACCUCAGUGGUUUUAUAUAUCCUGUUGUCAACAUGUGGGAAGGGCUUGCUGAUUUGCCAAAGACCAUCCAUUCAGUUUGUGCAGAGGUGGGAUUUAAGGCUUUCCAGGUCAUCCCUUGUGUACUUAUGCCAAUGGUUAUCUCACACAGAGGACAGGAAGGUUUGAGCGUAUUGCACCGAUCCUGGCCCAGCUGCACUUAACUUGACAAUCAUUUUUCAGGCCCUUUCCCCCCAAGGGAACUCCAGGAAUUGUAGUUCUGCAAAGGGGCACUGGGAAUCUCCUAACAACACCCAGAAAACUUAGCAAACGACAGCUCCCAGUAUUCUUUGGGUGGCAAGCCAUGACACUUGAAAGUGCUAUGAUACUGCUUUAAAAGUAUAGUGCAGAUGGAGGCUCGGAGGAAUAAAACCAUCCAAGCAGCUGAAGACAUUGUAUACCAAAAUGUCUGGGCAAAUAAAAGUUUUGUCAGCUUGGCACUUAGUGCGGUAUUUGACGCCAGGUGUAUCCAUCUAAUAGUGAACGCGGCUGGUGAGUGCCAGCAAAACGGUAGCCAAGUUGGAACAGGUCACCUGUGUGCUCAGAGGAAAUUCGAGCUUUGCAGAAGUACCCCAAAACCCUUACAUGUUACGAAUAAUAAUAAUAAUAAUAAUUUAUUUAUACCCCGCCCAUCUGGCUGGGCCUCCCCAGCCACUCUGGGCGGCUUCCAACAAAAUACUAAAAUACAGUAAUCCAUCAAACAUUAAAGCUUCCCUAAACAGGGCUGCCUUCAGAUGUCUUCUAAAAGUCUGGUAGUUGUUCUUCUCUUUGACAUCUGGUGGGAGUGCGUUCCACAGGGCGGGCGCCACUACCGAGAAGGCCCUCUGCCUGGUUCCCUGUAAAUUGGCUUCUCACAGCGAGGGAACUGCCAGAAGGCCCUCGGCGCUGGACCUCGGUGUCUGGGCAGAACGAUGGGGGUGGAGUAGUUUAAGAGUUUGGAGUAUUUCUGCAAACCUCCCCCCCCAAAAAAAAACCACACAAUACAUUAUUGUCCAGUGAAGCCUGAAGAUGCUCAGUGACCACAGAAUGCUGAACUCUCUUGCAUGAAUUGGGGGGGGGGGGGCUAGAAUGUGUGUUCUGGAAGAGACGCAGGCUGGCUUUGUAUUUAUUUAUUCCAUAAACUGUAUAUACCUCUUGAUUGUUGGAGGGGGGACGGACCUCUAAACCCGGAACAGGAGUUCUUCAAACUGCAGCACAUUGGUCUCUGUUUGCAGCAUUACUAUUACAGUAUUUAUUCUUCUUGUCUUCCAGGAGCACAGAGUAGCCUUCUGGGUUUUUAUCCCUUAAACCCAUCCUGUGAUUGUGGUUAGACUGGGAUAGUGUGAACAGGCCAAGAUCCUCCGGGAAACCUUGGUACCUGAGUAGGGAUCUCUACCCAGCUCUCCUGGAUGUGCAUGACUUUGGUUGAUCAUUUUGUGCUUCACUCUGCUCAUGCGCUGAAUGCACAUGUGCAAUUCUCUCUUGACACAUGGUCUGCAAGGCAGGGAGAAUUCCAAGUGAAACGCUACGUGUUGUCCGCUGUAGAAUUGCUAACCCAGAAUAUAACAAGAGUCUCCUUCCUGGAGCUUUGAUAUUGUUGGAGUGAUCGUCUGGAAGGCUAGCAAAAAUCCAGACUUGGUACCAAACAAAUCAAGGAUUUAGGAGAGAGCUGGUGGUUGAUGCCCUAAACAUACCAUUAAAAAAACCCAGCAACCCUAAUCCUCCAAGUGAUUUUGGAUGUGUUUAUGAAGGGUUUCCAUUAGGGGAAUUGGAGGAAGGCCUCAGGGUGAAAGAAAAGGUAAUGCAAUGGAAGUGAAAUAAUUUAAAAGCACGCCCCUUGGAAAACAAUUGUUGCCUGGGUUGUUUUGGCAAGAUAUUGAGGAUAGGUGAGUGUGCUGCUUGCUUGUCCACUAAUAGGUCAAAUGUCAACAAUCGGCUUCUCUGUAAUUCCUAAAGGUAAGCAUGACACUGUGCAGAACAGCAGUUUUAUCUUUUCGAUUUUAUUUACGGGGUUAGUUGGUCGACAAGAGUAUGAGCAAGGACUGCUUGUUCUCUUUCCCCGCAACUGGUGUGGCGGCACAUUCUUUAGCACAGCGCAGGUUCUCCUACUGACUAUAGCGGCUGUUAGCUGCGUGUAUUAGGAGGAAUGUGUUUUGGCUACCCGUGCCAGCCAAAAAAAUUAGAGAACCCUCCCCCCCAUAAACAAAACUACACCAGAAUCUGCAUCUCUCUGUCUGGGCUGCACAUUGCCAGUAAUGAAGUGAUUAAACUAGUUUCCUUGCUGCAUUGUUAAAACCAGCCUGCAAGUUAGGAAUCUGUUUGCAAACUAACAUGCAAGCCUGUGCGAGUGAACUUUGCAAGAUGCGUGGAGCAGCACAAAACACACAGUGGCCUUGAGGAUUUAAGGACAGCUCUCUCUGGUCCAGUGCCCUGUUUUCACAGUGGCCAAAAAGAUAUCCCAAUGAAAAAUCCACGAAUGGGGAUCUGAGUUGCAGCUUCGCUCUUCUGGGACUUGGCGAUUUCCAGCAGCUGCAGUUCGGAGGCAGACUCCCUCCAAAAUGUAGAGGUAGAGCAUAUAGCCUUAGCUUUGGUCCAUUUGUCUAAUACUGUAUAAGAGCAUCAGAAUAUAAGAAGAGGCUGCCAUAUCAGGCAGAAGCCUCGCCUAAUCCAGCUUCCUGCUCUCGCAGUGGCUAAGCAGAUGUUUCUGGGAAGAUCGCAAGCAGGACUUUUGGGUGCAACAGCCGUCUCUUCGCUUGCAGCUGGUAUACAGAGUCUUGCCGCUUCUUGCCUGUAGCACCUGAAAGCACAUUAGGCAGAAAGAUGGCUCCUAAGCUGUAUGCAUUCUCCUUGGUUAGAUGAGUGAGCGGUCCUGUUAUCCUCGUACUUUACAGAACCCUUCCCUGCAAACUGGCAUUUAGUUAAUGUGCAAUUCCUGCUUGGGGGGGGGGAUUUUUAGACCAGCUGGAAUUUUCUUUCCUUGUCUCUCCGUUUUGGUUUGUCAUCCUCCUGCUUGCUCAGACAAGUAUUCGGAGAAGUGUCAGCUGAGUGUAAAUCUCCUUGUGCUAUUUAUAGCUUUUCUUUGCCCUGUGUGUGUUUGUGCGGUGAUGAAGAGGUAUACAAGAGGUGGAGGGAACUGCGCUGCAGCCUUAGCAAAAGAGGCAACCCUGAAACUGUAGCCGCAGCAAACGUUGACAAGGCCUCCAAAACAGAAAGGCGGAAUUUCCAGCAGAGCUUGUUGGGUUAGGAACAGGUCACCAAAUGUGCAUAUUUUCAUGCAUGCUCCUGGCUUGAGGUGUUCCAGGAAGCUGGUGCGUCAGAAGGGUGGAGAUUGCAAUGCAACGUGAGGUUGCAACCCAUCCUUUAAUCUCGGAGGUGUUGCAAUGGUGUCGCUAAGGAAAUAAAAAUGUUAACAAGGGCACAGGCACUGAGGCGGUGGGUUUGAAGAUGCUUUUCUCGUUGCUGCAAACUGCAGCCUGAAGAUCUGUGGAGGGGUGGGGUUGUUGUCCAACCUGCACCCUACAGCAUGGGUAGGCAAACUAAAGCCCGGGGGCCGGAUCCGGCCCAAUCGCCUUCUAAAUCUGGCCCAUGGAUGGUCCAGGAACCAGCGUAUUUUUACAAGAGUAGAAUGUGUCCUUUUAUUUAAAAUGCAUCUCUGAGUUACUUGUGGGGCAUAGGAAUUCGUUCAUUUUCUCCCCCCCCCCAAAUAUAGCCCAGCCCCCCAAAAGGUCUGAGGGACAGUGGACUGGCCCCCUGCUGAAAAGGUUUGCUGACCCCUGUCCUACACAGUGAUUAUUCUAAUGUAGGCCCCCUCCAGAUGUGUGGGGUCUUUUUGCAAGCAUUUUCUGCAACUUUUCAGAGAUGUAAUGAUAGUGCUUUGGUGGUGGAUAUAUAUUGGACUGAUAUAUUGGACCGUCCAUGCAGUAUCAUUCUGCUUUAUUUUUUCUGUGAUGCUUCCCCAGUCUUAAUGCAUUAUUAUCAUCUAGAGGGACAACCCUCCAAAAACAGUGGUAUUAAAAAGAUGCCGUAUUUUGGUAGGAAGAUACAGGGAAUGAAUUAGUUGGAAACAAAGCAGUAGGUUCAAUCCCCAAACACUGCAGGCACAAACAGUAUUGAAAGAGGAAUUGCGUAUAACUGCCCUGGUUUCAUCUUUUAUCAUUUAAAUUUAUAUAGUAUUUAAAUAUAGCUUCCCACCCCCCAAAAAACCCCAUGCGUCUUUUAGAUUUUUUAAAUACUGGUUUUAAUGUAUGUAUGUGCUUGUUUUUUGCUUAACAAUUAAAAUAUUGUAAGUCGCUUUGAGUUGCUGUGGCAAAAGAUGCAACUAAUAAUUUUAUUUUUUUUAAAAAUAGUUUUUCUUUGGUUUUACAAAUAUAGAAUUAUAACAGUACAAUACAAAAUACAUAUCCGUGGGGUCCUAUUGUCAUCCUUUUUAUUGCGUAUUCCAUGUUAUAUGUCUCCCAUUUUGACCGUAAUAUUUGCUACAUUACAAGUGUUACUGCAAUCCUUCUAGUGUUUUCAUCUGUUUACAGUGGUCCCUUAGAUAAGAUGCAACUAACAAAAUAAAUGAAUAAUAAUAAUAAUAAUCUGGAACUAGACUCUGUAUCCUUGAAGAAGUAGGAUUUGCUAGCGACAUCGUACUAGCACCCCUGAUUGUGGAGGAAAGGGGGCAAAGUUUGGAUCUAAGAAUCUGGCCACCUAUGGGAGACCUCUCCACUGAUAGCUGUGCCCGUCUACCGAUGAGCAGAACUCCCUCCCUUGUGUGUCACACUCUCUCCGUAGAAGUUGUGGUCUGCAGUUUGUGGACACGGCGUUCCAGCUUCCUGAUCCACCCCAGAUUUCACUUUGGGGUGGGGGGAGCAAGUCUCUAGGCCUCAAGGAUCCGAGGAUGUGCUUGAAAGUGAAUGGGGGCGAUGGCUGCCAGAAUCCCAGGGAGACAUCUGAGUAAGAACUUCUGGGUGGCAGGACUUCAGAAGCUGGCGCUGCUUCUCAUUUAACAGUUUGGGAAAGCAGAGGAGCAAAAAUAGCAGACUGCUGCAGAAGUUCCUCAAGGAAAAUAAGCCAAUUGGCCUAAUUUUAUGCUGAUUGUAGAAUUUUGGGUUUCCUUCAUGCAGGGUUUUGGAUUGCCUAGCCUAGAAAUACACUCCCCCCCUUCUCUCAUUAGUAUGGGGUCUCUCAGUGUUAGAAACUAGGAUAUAUAAACUAGGCAGCAAAUGGCUCCUUUAAACUGGGAUUACAGUCGCCAAAACCGAAUGUCUUAGAUGCCAUUUGGGCUCAAAAGUUCUAUUUUUCAGUAACACUACUUUUGGGUUCCUGAAUUUCGUUCCAAUGGUGCAGAUAAAAUAUCAUGGGUUGAAUUCUACAGGAUUUGCUGUUAGUUUCUGAAAACAGGCAAGAUCCAAACGUCAGGUGACAUUUUGGCACCUGGGCAUCUUCACUUGGUUGCAAGUGGUGGAUAAUUGCCAGGUGUAAAAUGCGCUUGGUAAAUGUUGAACAAUUCUCUCUCGGGACCUUUCUUGUUGCCUGUCCCAAAUUUCUACCCCUUUGCCUCCUGCAGCAUUCUAAAUUCUGCAGAAGUCCCCACGAUCAGAGUUCACUAGUAAACUGUUACUAGAUGGGCAUUUUAAAAAAAUAAAUAAAUUGGCGUCUAGUCAGAGGGCAAGAUUAAGGGUUUUUACCUGCUUGCUGGAAAGCCGCAGCGGGGAACAUACACCCCCUCAGCUAUGAAAAGAUUUACAGCGCCUGACACUAGGCAGACCAGCCUUGUUGCAGUCAGUCAUUUUAUGGGUGACGAAGGGACGGUUCACACAGUAAUUGAGUCUACGGCCGAGCCCUUGGCAGGUUUCUCUCCCCCACCCCCAAACGCCUUAGCCAACCCCUCACUAACCUACAUUUUAAAAUCUUCCUGAAUUUGGGAAGUGGGUAGUAACAUGGAUGGGGAACUUUUCAUGGUGGGGAGGAAGAGAAAUCAGAGUAUUGGAAAGCUUUUCAUUUUCUAAAAGACAUUAUUAAUAGCUGCAAUACCAGUCAAACAUCAGGCAGUUUUAGAGUUGCAAUUAAUUCAAGUGUGUGUGUGUGUGUGUGUGUGUGUGUGUGUAUGGGUGCACCGCUUUUGGGGUGUGCUAAAAUUUACAAAUGCUAAUGUUUACCCCCUCCUUGUUCCCUCCUUAAAACAUCUGAAAACUCAAAGUUUAGAGAUAAAAACAGAAGAAUACCCGGAAGUAUUUCAAGGCAUUGGCCUAUAUAGUUUUCUUACCUUAAACAAUGUAAGGAAACUACAGGCCAUGCCUUGAAAUACUUCCAGGUAUUCUUAUUUAUUUAUUUAUUCGUAAAUAAUAUUCACCUGAGUUUUCAUAUGUCUUAAGAACACAAUGCUAUUUUGCCUCAAAUACUAUACUGCCAGGUAUUCGGAGAAAAUUACUUACCAGGUAAAGCUUUGCAUUAUUAUUAUUAUUAUUAUUAUUAAAAUGUAACAUUAAAUGUGCUUAAUGGGUUUUCCCUCACCACCCAUCAAAUAUUUUAAUUCAUAUCUGUUUGCCUUUUGGGGUCUAGGUUACACACUCGGUUUAGGGCAAAGGAACAUUUUCCGCGUUCCAUUAUUUUUUGCAUGAAGCCACAUCUCUUGGGGAGAAAUUUGCACAAGACCGUGGGGAGGGGCAUGUGGAGCCUCUGCCCCUCCCUGCCAGCUUGCAACUAGGUCUCAGGGACAGGGACGGUAAACGGGAAAGACAGACGGGGCCUUUGCAUGCUUCAGCUCUGCUUUUCAGGUCUUGUGAGCUGACUGCAUCUUCUCUCAACAUGAGAGAUCUCAGGCUUCCUCUGAACUUUGGGGCUGGAGAAAGGUCAGGAGCUGCAGGUUGUCAAAACGGACUCCUCACACCCAAGUAGCUGGUUCCAGGUUUUCCAGGUUUGGGGAGCAAGUGAGCCCCAGCUUUGAAAAGGGUGUCAGCUAGAACAGGCCUCCCCAUGCAUGCUUUGGCUGUCCGUUUGCAACGGGAAGCAGGGUACAGUGGUACCUCAGUUUAAGAACAGUCCUAUUUAAGAACAAUUUGGUUUACAAACUCCGCAAAACCAGAAACAGUUUGAGAACUUUACUUUGGUCUAAGAACGGAAUCCAGACAGUGGAAGUGCACCGGCGGUGGGAGGCCUCAUUAGGGAAAGGGUGCCUUGGUUUAAGAACGGUUUCAGUUUAAGAAUGGACUUCCGGAACGGAUUAAGUUUGUAAACCGAGGUACCACUCUGUCUGUCUGUCUAUCUAUCUAUCUAUCUAUCUAUCUCUAUAUCCCAACUCUUUUUGGCCCCAUCUUUGUUGAACAUUUAAAGCACUAUACAGUCGUUCCUUGGAUCCUGAACACCUUGGUACUCGGACGUUUUGGCUCCUGAACGCCGCAAACCCAGAAGUGACUGUUUCGGUUUGCGAACGUUCUUUGGAACCCGAAUGUCCGACGGAGCUUCUGAUGGGCUGCAAGAGCUUCCUGCAGCCUAUUGGAAGCUGCGCUUUGGUUUCUGAAUGUUUUGGAAGUCGAACGGACUUCUGGAAUGGAUUCCGUUCGACUUCCGAGGUAUGAGAACGAGGGUCUCCUAAGAACCUUCAGUACCCUUAAGAAACUACAGCUCCCAUAUUUUUGGGGGGGAAGCCUUGGUGGUUUAAAGUGGCAUGAUACUGCUUCAGAUGUUUAGUGCAGAUGAGGCCAGAAGCAGAACUUGAAUAUUGGCCGUCCACUCUUCCCCCCUACCCAGAAAGCUCUGUCUUGAAAAGUGCAUGGAGGCCAUUUUGUGUUUCGGAACAUUUUUUCCAUGUAAACCUGGUCCAAGCUGUAGAGGCCCGUUGCAGUUAAUGGCUCCUCUCAGGCCUUUCACACUAGCAGAAAAUAGGAGGCUACUCCAUUGCUGCCGCCUCCUUCAUGAAGGCCGUAAUGAAUGGCCAUUGUCCUGCUGCCUGCUGUUCCAGUCUGACAUCACUGGCGCUCUUUUGCGAUGGUGUUGGACAAUUUCUCUCUCCCCAGUUAACCCUUCCCACGAUCUCUUUGAGUUUUGCAAGCUCCAUUCUACAUCUUCACGUCUCCAGGAGAACCACAAAUUUGCUCAGGGUGCUCGGCUGAGACGGAGCGGGUUCAGACUCGACUCUGAAACUGUGAUUUUUUUUUUGCAUGCUUGAUUUAUUGUGGCAUCUGCACCGGCUCCCACCUGAUAGAGCUAUGGUUUGUGAGUAGCUGUUGAAGCUGUUUUUUCCCCCCAAACCAUGAUUCAGGCGGAUCAUGGUUUGGUAUUGCAUGUGAACUGACAAAUUGUGAUGUUGCUUCGGCCUCGAGAGGCUUUGGUUUGGGGGUAGGAUUCGGGGACUUUUGAGGCAUAGGGGAACGGAAACAAUAGAUGCUAUGGUCUGCCUGAAUAUUGGGGGCACAAUUUGUGGUUUGGAGCCUAGACUGUGGUUGGCAGCACAGGAAGUUGUUUUCUACUAAGUGAGAUGACUGAUCCUUCUAACUGUUUUGCUGAUUGGGGAUGGCUUUCCAUGCUUUCAGAUGGGGAGUCUUCUCUAACUGUGCUGGGAAGUGCUAUGAAAUUGGGACCUUCUACAUCAGGGGUCAGCAAACUUUUUCAGCAGGGGGCCAGUCCACUGUCUCUCAGACAUUGUGGGGGCCGGACUACAUUUUGAAAAAAUAAUAAUGAAUGAAUUCCUAUGCCCCACAAAUAACCCAGAGAUGCAUUUUAAAUAAAAGGACACAUUCUACUCAUGUAAAAACAUGCUGAUUCCUGGACCGUCCGUGGGCCGGAUUUAGAAGGUGAUUGGGCCGGAUCCGGCCCCUGGGCCUUAGUUUGCCUACCCAUGUUCUACAUGCAAGGCAGAUGUUCUGCGGCUUGACUACAGAUUUUCCCUUUAGCUCACAUCAUCUGUGUUGAAGCUGCUGUUGCAAUCCUGGAGCUGCAAGUCCCCCCGCCCUUUACCAGAAUUAGUACAAUCCUCCCCUCCAUGCUUUAUGCAGCCUACUCCUGCAGAAUUGAUGUUGGGUGUGCAUUUUGGAAUGUGCCAGGCGAAAGCUUUCUAGCAGGGGGAGCCCAGGCGUUAAUCAGACAGUGCGUCAAGGGCCAUCAACAGAUCCUGCCAAGGCCCAGCAAGGAAUGGGCAUGUCUGUGUGCCAAAUUUUGGCCUCUCACAGGGUGCCAUAGUACCCAAGUCGGCCUCUGAUAUUGGCCAUGAAGCUCACAGGGUGACUUUGGGGUAGCUGUAGUGGUUUUUGUUUUUAAUAAUGAUGUUGUUGUUGUUUAUAUGCCAUCCAUCUGACUAGCUCGCGACUCUGGGCAGCUACCAGCAAAAUAUUUUUAAAAAAUACAGUAAGACACCAAACAUUAAAAACUUCCCUAUAGGAGGGGAAGUCACUGCAUCUCAGCCUAGCCUACUCACAGGGUUGUUGUGGCGGUUAAUUGAGGAGGGAGGAAGAAACGAGCAUGCUACCUUGAUCUCUUUGCAAGAAAUGAACAAGGAAUAACUCAACACACAGCAACACCCCGCUCCCACCGAUGCUGUUAUGUGGAAAUUGAGAAGAGCUCUCCUUAAGGACCCUACACUUGGUGCCCGAGCCGUUAAGACCAAAGUUUCCCUUUUUAAAAAUAAUAAUUUUCUUUUAUUCUUAUAGACAACAUUUUCAAUGCACGAUUCUCCCAUAUUUCCCCCCAGCUUUGACAAUCUAUCUGCCCUGUUGUCUCCUUUCCCCUCACCUCUAUUAAUUCCCCCCUUUUUUCUUUAUUGGUUUUCACAUAUUACAUUACAAUACAAAUGUACCAAAGCCAAACACCAUUUCCUCCCCAUCCCCCCCAUACAUUUACAUUUCUAUUUCCUCAGUCCAUCAUAUAAUUCUUCCCUCUGCCCCCACUCGAUUUCCUCCACAUUAUACAAUUUACAAUAAUCUUUGCAUUCUACAACCUUCUCAAAUCAUCUAUAUAUUCUUAAAAAAAAAAAAAGAAGACCAAAGUUUCCCGUGGAAUGGAUGGGCAUUUUGCACCAUCUCUUGAGUUAUCCUGAGGAUAGCAACGAUUACUGCUAACGCCAGUCCUGGCCAGCUGGAUCCAGCCUCGGAAACUUGGUGACCUGAACGAUCAUAACCCCCUGUGAGCGGUUGCUGCCGCCACCGCAUUCUGAAUGAAGAGCUUGAACGGAUUCUCGAAAAAGGCGGCGUUGUCCCAAACUGGGUUUUAUAUCUUGCUUCAUUUCCACCCCCCUCCAAAUGCUUGGAGAUGUAGUGACCUCUAGCGGUCAAGAAAGACCUGAAGUGGCAGAAGGCCAGAGCUUGUUCGCCCUUGGCUCCCCAAGGAGAGGAACCCUGGGGAAUUGGAAUUCAGCACUGUGCUGUGCACCCCACAGCCCAGAGCUGGUUCGUGCUGGUUAGGAGUUAAAUGGCAAAAUCCAGGCGUAGGAAGCUGCCUUGUACCAAAUCAGAUCGUUGGUUUAUGUGGAAAUCGUUCAAUUUGGUUGUGUACGUUCUGAUGUUCCGCUUCUGACUGCUUUUGCUUACGUUCGUAGUUAGUAUAUGUGUUGUAAGGGGCCUUGAGCGUGGUUUUAACUUUGGAAAGGGGGCAUAUAAAUAAAAUGAUUGAUGGAUUGAUCAUUGGUCCAUCUGGCAGAGAGGGAUAGCUCAGUUGGUAGAGCCUAAUAAUAAUAAUAAUAAUAAUAUAAUAAUAAUAAUAAAUUUAUUCUUUAUUAAUUUUGUAUACAGUGGUACCUUGGGUUACAUACGCUUCAGGUUACAUACGCUUCAUGUUACAGACUCCGCUAACCCAGAAAUAUUACCUCAGGUUAAGAACUUUGCUUCAGGAUGAGAACAGAAAUCGUGCAGUGACAGCAGGAGGCCCCAUUAGCUAAAGUGGUGCUUCAGGUUAAGAACAGUUUCAGGUUAAGAACAGACCUCCAGAACGAAUUAAGUACUUAACCUGAGGUACCACUGUACUGACCUAUACCUGCAAGUCUCAGGGCGGUUAUAGCAUAAAAUCACAAUAUAAAAAAUACAAAAUAAAUAAUAAAAACAAAAACAACUCAAUAUCUGUAUCAGACAUAGGCAAACUCAGCCCUCCAGAUGUUUUGGGACUACAGUUCCCAUUAUCCCUGACCGCUGGUCCUGUCAGGUAGGGAUCAUGGGAGUUGUAGUCCCAAAACAUCUGGAGGGCUGAGUUUGCCUGAUCUAUAUGCUGCCCACCUGACUGGGCUGCCCCAGACAUCUGAUGGGAGGGUGUUCCAUAGGGCAGGGGCCACUACCGAGAAGGCCCUCUGCCUGGUUCCCUGUAACCUCACUUCUCGCAUGAGACUCCUAAUUUCAGAGUUGUGGGUUCAAGGUCCACGUUGGGCAAAAGAUUCCUGCAUUGCAGGGGGUUUAGAAUUAUUUAGUACCUGGAUAGCGGCUUGGCUAGAAUUGGGCUCUUAGUUUGUUUUCUCUUUCUCCUUUCUCAUAGAUCCUAAAGGAUCCUCGGAAAAGCGGAAAGGAGGUAAGGGAUCACCUGAACUUUUGGAAACAUUUCUUCGUCUCCACAGUGCUUUUUCUUCUCCCCACCUAUGGACUGUCAUGGAUUGGUUGGAAGCGGAGGAAUGGUGGGAGGAGACGGCUUUGGAAUUCUUAAGAGAAUAGAGCUCAGAGCCCAGGGAUUGGUGGUGGGACAAUGAUAAGUAGAGGGAGAAGACUGGGAAGAGGUGGUGUUGAAAGCUGGAGAGGUAACAUGGCUUAGUAAGAUGGGAGAGUCUGUGGCAGAGAGAAGUCCAGAUUCAGAGGCAGAAGCUGAAGCCAGGAGAGAAGGGAGGCCAUCAAAGCAAACAGCUGAAAAAGGCUAAAUUAAAGGAUUCUAAUUAAAGGGUUUUUAAUACAAAGUUUUGUGGACUAAAAUUAAAGUUAAAAUGGAUAUUUUGUGGGCUAAUAUAAAGUUGCAGGCUAAAGUAUGGUGACAUAAGGAAAGUUUUCAACUGAUUCCUAAAGGAGAAACACCCUGGUGUUUCUCCAUGGAGAUGUGUUCCAUUGUUUUGGUGCCACUCUUGAAAAGACCCUGUCUUGCAUAUUUGCUUGAGAGGUCAUCGCCUUGGAAUUGUUGUUUAGGACCUGGUCCUAUUCUGAACAUGGUACAUCAAGAUUUAAUUGAUUACAUUUUGGGUGUACAUUUUUUUAUUCCCUCUCCCCUCCAAAGAGCUCAAGUUACACCCUCUCCCUUAAAACAACCCUGUGAGGCAGGUCAGAUAGUGACUUUCCCAUGGUCACCCAGUCCAGUGAACAUUGUGUUGGAGUGUGAAUUCAAACCUGAGUCUUCCCAACCUCUUUUCAGCACUGCUAUGCCCCUGCUGGUUCUUGCUUUAUUAAAAAUACCCGGGGUAGUUCAGUUGGUAGAGCAUACGACUCUUAAUCUCAGGGUCUUGCGUUCGAGGCCCAUGUUGGGCAAAAGAUUCCUGCAUUGCAGGGGUUGGACUAGAUGACCCUUAGGGUCCCUUCCAAUUCUACGAAAAAAGAUGAUAAGAGAGUGUGUGUCCUCUUUCUUUCCAGGGCCGAAGAAGAAACGGCCGCCUCUCUUGAGCAUGCCAUCAGCAAACAGGCAGUCAUCCGUCCCACCGACGUAAGAACCGCUGCUUCGCUCUCUUGCAAAUUCCUAAUAUGCUGUCUGCUGUAAUGCUUUUUUCUUUUUUAAAUUAUUGGUGCUCUGUAAUGUGUUUUCAGAGGGACAUGGGUGGCGCUGUGGGUUAAACCACAGAGCCUAGACCUGCUGAUCAGAAGGUCAGCGGUUCGAAUCCCUGUGACGGGGUGAGCUCCCGUUGCUCGGUCCCUGCUCCUGCCAACCUAGCAGUUCGAAAGCACGUCAAAGUGCAAGUAGAUAAAUAGGUACCACUCUGGCGGGAAGGUAAACGGUGUUUCCGUGCGCUGCUCUGGUUCGCCAGAAGCGGCUUAGUCAUGCUAGCCACAUGUCUCGGAAGCUGUACGCCGGCUCCCUCGGCCAAUAAAGCGAGAUGAGCGCCACAACCCCAGAGUCGGCCACGACUGGACCUAGUGGUCAGGGGUCCCUUUACCUUUAAUGUGUUUUUAGUGUUUUACGCCGCCUGGGAUGUUUUUGAUAAAGGGUGGUUUAUAAAUUGAAUAAAUAAAUAAAAACAAAUAAAGCUGGAACUCUCCAGCUCAUUGUUUGUCUACAUAAGGAGAGUGGAGUCUGUGGCUCUGAUGGACUAUAUAUCUCUCAUAAAGCCCUGACCAUUGUGCAUGCUGGCUUGGGGCUGAUGGGAGUUGGCGUCCAACAUCACCUUUGUUAGGGGCACAGUUGCCCACUUUUGCUUUAGAUUCUCCUCUCCAUUUAUGUGCCCCUCAGUUUUACUGGAGCCCUAGUGACUUUACUGAGAGUACCCGUUUGAUACUCACCAGCAGCCAAAUUGCAAAAUUUCAGAAAAUCGACACCAGGUGGUGGAUACUGGAUUGGACUUUUAAAUAGAGCCUUUGUCUUUCCUUGCAGACCUCCAAGAAACUUGGAUUCCAGGACUUUCAUUACUGUUGGUGAGAAGGUAUGUUGAUGCUGAUGUUGUUCUGUUUUUUUUUUUUUUUACUUGUUUGGCGCAUGCACAACCGAUUAACAACAUUUUUUCUUCCUGUGAUGUUUCCUGGAUUAUCAAGAAUUCUUCCUUGUUCAUCUUUUUUAAAUUGUUUUAGGUCCGGUUUUAUAUGGAUUAUAGCUCCUUCCUUUUUUGUUACACCUGAGGUUACAAAGUCCUUUCCCAAAGCCCUUUUGUUCUUCAAUAUUCUUUUACGUUUCCUCACUUUGUGUGUUUCUCUGAGGCAAAUCACAUCAAGGUUUAACUUCUCUAACAACAAAUUUUGUGAAAGAGAUAAAGAAGGUCGCCGGCUGAUGUUAGCAAUAUGAAUAUUGGCUCAAUCCUACGCUAAACGUAUUAUUUUGUCAAUAUUUUUGUGCGUCUUUCUCUCUCUCUCCCGGUCAACAGAAUUUUGAAGUAGAGGCCGACGACUUGGUGAGCAUUUCGGAGUUGGGAAGAGGAGCUUACGGCGUAGUGGAGAAAGUGUAUCACGCACAGAGCGACACCACCAUGGCUGUGAAGGUAAGAGCCGCAGUAUUAUAUAAAAAUUUAUUUAUUUGGUUUUUCAAAUUAAAGUUUUACAAUCACAUAUCCAACAUACAUCAUAAAAACAAGAUUCCAAAGAAUCUCCUGGACGUCCCUCCUCCCCUUUGUGGGUCAUUUCCUCCUGCAUCUUUUAUAAUACAGUGGUACCUCGGGUUACAUAUGCUUCAGGUUACAUAAGCUUCAGGUUACAGACUCCGCUAACCCAGAAAUAGUGCUUCAGGUUAAGAACUUUGCUUCAGGAUAAGAACAGAAAUCAUGCUACGGUGGCGCGGCGGCAGCAGGAGGCCCCGUUAGCUAAAGUGGUGCUUCAGGUUAAGAACAGUUUCAGGUUAAGAAUGGACCUCCGGAACGAAUUAAGUACUUAACCCGAGGUACCACUGUACAGUGGUAACUUGGUUCUCAAACUUAAUCCGUUCCGGAAGUCCGUUCCAAAACCAAAUCGUUCCAAAAGCAAGGUGCACUUUCCCAUAGAAAGUAAUGCAAAAUGGAUUAAUCUGUCCAGACUUUUAAAAACAACCCCUAAAACAACCGGGCGAGGAAUAGUUUUCCCGAAGCCUUGACAGUAUGGUUAUUUUCUUUUUCUUUUCCCACUCUCUGCAGAGAAUCCGAGCCACUGUGAACUCUCAGGAGCAGAAGAGGCUAGUGAUGGACUUGGACAUUUCCAUGAGGACCGUGGACUGCUUUUACACUGUCACGUUCUACGGAGCCCUUUUCAGAGAGGUAGGUGAGCAGCGGGAAGGCCAGAGGCUCUUCAUUUUUGCCGGCCACCUCAGACAGUGAGCACAACUUCUGAAGCGUUUGCUGAAAAGCAGGGGGAAGCCAACCUGGUGCCCCCCAGAUGUCUUACGCAUUUAUUUAAAGGAGGUAUACAGCACAAAAAUGUAACACUUAAGUAUAAUAACAUUGGUUAAACAAAUAGCGUUCUCAAUAAAGUGCAUUUUUGAAAAAUCAAGUUCCAAAGGCAUGUCCAUUGGCAGGGAGUUCCACAGGGCAGGACCUGCUAAAGGUUCAGUCCUCUGAUGGCCAACCAAUUCAUCUCUCUCCCCCUUCUCCUCCUUCUCUCACUCCCUUCUUUUCAGGGUGAUGUGUGGAUCUGCAUGGAGCUAAUGGACACGUCUCUGGAUAAAUUUUAUAAGAGGGUCCUGGAAAAGAAGAAGACGAUCCCCGAAGACAUACUUGGGAAAAUAACCGUGUCUGUGAGUGGCACCUUCUUUCUUUGGGGAAGGUUGCUGUGGGACCCACCCACCCAUAGCAAGUGAGCCAGGGAGGGCAGUCUGCUUGAUUGCUAAGCGCAGAAUGCAGCAGCCAACACAGAUGGAGAGACCCCAGCUUCUUUUUAAAAUCAGGGUGGGGUCAUGCAAAACCCUUUUUAUUAAUUAAGCUUCUAUAUCGAGGACUGUCUCCCUAAGCUGCUUAUUUCAGGCUGGUGAAGAGGCAUGUGUAUCUCCCCCUCCUGCUGCAACAAACUCCCUUCCCUGCUUGCCUCCCAGAACCAGAAGAGGCAUGAAAUGGGCAGAGGAGACAUAGGCGGCCCGCAGGCGCAGUCUCUGAUUAUGUGGAGAAGAGGGGACUUAGCCAGCUGUGGGGAGAUGGGGGACCUUCAGUCUCAUGGGGGCAAGACUUAUUGGAGAUGAGUUGCUGUGUUCAUUAGGCCUGAUACUCCUUUGCAGAUUGUGUUUUUUGCUAAUAGAGUUAACUCUAGCUUGCUUAGCGUGAUUUGAGAAUUGAGGACCCGCCACCCGCUUAGAGAUAAAUAAGACACAGGGACACAUGAAUUUUAGGUUAAUGGGCUAAAGAAGGCCACAGCAUUAUUGGUUACAGCAUGUGAGUGCUAUUGGGUUUAGGCAUUGGAUCAAACAGUCUAUACAUGACUCCACCCCGCUCAGCGGGGAGUCACCCGAAGGUUAACAACCAGUGGGAGGAGCUUGCUGAUGCAAAUACAGUGGUACCUUGGGUUACAUACGCUUCAGGUUACAUAUGCUUCAGGUUACAGACUCCGCUAACCCAGAAAUAAUACCUCGGGUUAAGAACUUCGCUUCAGGAUGAGAACAGAAAUCGUGCAGCGGUGGCACAGCAGCAGCAGGAGGCCCCUUUAGCUAAAGUGGUGCUUCAGGUUAAGAACAGUUUCAGGUUAAGAACGGACCUCCGGAACGAAUUAAGUACUUAACCCGAGGUACCACUGUACAACUGAAGCUCCCCCUGAUGUCACCGGGGGUCGUGCCAUGGCCCUAGCCACCAGCAGGGCAUUGGACAGGAUCCACGACCGCCGGAUUCCUUUAAUGGAGUACCCAACAAGGGGAGGGGUAGGUGAUGGCCACAGCUGCCCUCCAACACACAACACAUAAUCCAAUGCCUAACAGCCAAUACCCAAAAAGUUGUGACGGUUUGCUACGAGGUAAGUGAAAAAUCAAGAGGCUGGUUCCAAUUUGCCAGAUGUAUAAACAUUCCUACCAGGCCGCCUGGGCAACCAGGGCAACCAACCUGAGUCCAUAGCAAAGUCAGACGCAUAAAUAUGAUCUAAAGGGAGGGUGGGCGGGUGAUCCGAUGACAAAGGGGCACAGAAUGAGAAGAUGGAGCUGCCGCGGCUGCUUGAAUGCGGCUAAACCCUGCCCACAAGCCAGCCCUAUUGGCUGGCCUACGGGCACGGCAGCCAGGUAAGCUGAUGCAGGGGGCUGAAUACGCCCCCCUGCUGACGUGGGAACCGACUCCCGCUCGCAACUCCUCCCCUCUGUUAGGAGGAGAGGCUUUACUGCUGGAUCGCUCCAGGCACGGCAGCUCACCUGGUUGGCCAAAGCUGGUCUGCAGCUAGAAUUACACCUUCCUCUCUCUCUUUGUCUUUCUCCAGAUUGUCCGAGCCUUGGAGCAUUUGCAUAGCAAGCUGUCUGUGAUUCACAGAGGUAGGCAUUGGAGUUUGUGCAUUACGAGGGCUGAGCGGGGGGCGUAGAGCUCAUAGGCAAAGCACCUCUUGGGAUGUGGAAGAUCCUAAGGUCAGCCUCCAGCAUCUCCUGUUGGAACGAUUCUGGUUGCAGACAAUAUAGAAAAAUGGCCUGCCCAGAACCCUGCCAAGCUGUUGCCAGUCAAUAUGGAGUACUGAGCUAGAUAGAGGCAGAGAACAGUCUGAGCUGAUAGAAGGUGGCUUCACCAUUAAUCAUUCCAGAGCCGCUAAAGUUUGUUUCCAUUCUGCCUGACUGGACACACCUUGUCAUGUUUGCAUCUGUAUCUUGCAUAUAAUAAUAAUUUAUUAUUUAUACCCCGCCCAUCUGGCUGGGUUUCCCCAGCUACUCUGGGUGGCUCCCAACAGAAUUAAUGAUAAUAACAAUAAAAAAAGAUAAAACACCAGACAUUAAAAACUUAUCUAAACAGGGCUGCCUUCAGAUGUCUUCUAAAAGUCAGAUAGUUGCUUAUUUCCUUGACAUCUGAUGCGUUCCACAAGGCGGGCGCCACUACCGAGAAGGCCCUCUGCCUUUCCUGUAGCUUCACGUCUCGCGGUGAGGGAACCACCAGAAGGCUCUUGGAGUUGGACCUCAGUGUCCAGGCUGAACGAUGGGGCUGGACUUCAGGUUCAGGGCUUUAAAGGCCAGCACCAACGCUUUGAAUUGAGCUCAGAAACGUACUGGGAGCCAGUGUAGGUCUUUCAGGACAGGUUUUAUAUGGUCUCGGCAGUCACUCUCAGUCACCAGUCUAGCUGCCGCAUUCUGGAUUAGUUGUAGUUUCCGGGUCACCUUCAAAGGUGGCCCCACGUGGAGCAUAUUGCAGUAGUCUAAGCGGGAGAUAACCAGAGCAUGCACCACUCUGGCAAGACAGUCCGCGGGCAGGUAGGGUCUCACCCUGCAUACCAGAUGGAGCUGAUAGACAGCUGCCCUGGACACAGAAGCGACCUUCGCCUGCAUGGACAGCUGUGAGUCCAAAAUGACUCCCAGGCCGCGUACCUGGUCCUUCAAGGGGACGGUUACUCCACAUGCAUAAUUUUGAUUUGCAUGUUAACAUGUGGAAAGUCUUGGGAACUUGAUGCAAUGCAACAGGAUGGGAGCUCAGUACAGAACAUUUCAGCUGUGUUUGUAGCCCCCCUAAUUUAAAGGCCCUUGGGGAGGAAGCUGCGCACAGCGUGGGAGCCCAGCCCAGGUUUUUGUGUUCCUUCCACAGACACAAUCGUGAGGUCUAGGAACCUGAAAAGUGUUGUGGUUUGGUUUGGCAUUGACUAAGACUCUUACGUUCUGCACACAGCUAGAGCUGUGGACAUGCUGAUGAAAUACAACCUGUGCCCUUAAUAAUGAUUGUGCAACCUGUACAGCAUAAGCUAAGCCAUUCAGUUCUUUAUGCUUAAGCCAAGAAAUUGUUUCUAUAACUACAUUUAGCACUAAUAGUCACAUUAAUGGCUCGAGACCACUGAGGAAGCCCAGAAAACUGUUCUCAGGGAGUGGGCUAUCAGCCAACCCCAAUAAAUUGGCCCUGUCGGGGGCAAAAUAGCAGCUCUUCAACUUUAUGGACUGCUAGGGCGAAACGGGGAUAGAACGCUGGUACCCUGUCUUCCAUCUGCACUUCACAGCUACCGGGAACAUCGUUGAACUUACCUACCUUCUUGAACAUACCUAAAAAACAAGGGGGGGGGGAGUGUCGAGAAGUUGUAAGAACUUAUUAAAAUCUGAUACUGCAAGUUCACUUUAUUUUAGAUAGCUUAUAAUUUUUCAUGGCACUUUGCAAGUAGUUGUCUUAUUCUCACAAAUUUGAUAAAUGGUGAAAAAUUGUUUUUGAACAAGAAUAUUAAUUGGUGUGAAUAAUUGUCGCCUAUGUGCUGUACGGGUUGCACAAACAGAGUUAUGGGCAUGGCAGCGGAAAGCCUUCACAGUUCCAGCUGCGUGCUCUUCAAACAUAAGACUAAAACUGUGCACAAAUGUGCCUUUAAAUAAUUUUCAUUAAAAUUUUUAACGGAGGGAAGUCUCCUUAGCUGAUCCAGAGAAAGGAGUGUUAACCGAUCUCUUCCUCUUAACAGACGUGAAGCCGUCCAACGUCCUUAUCAAUAAACAGGGACAUGUCAAAAUGUGUGACUUCGGGAUCAGUGGAUACUUGGUAGAUUCUGUGGCGAAGACCCUGGAUGCUGGUUGCAAACCUUAUAUGGCGGUGAGUUUUUGAUCAAUUGUUUGGGGCACACCGCCCUUCUCUUGUCUCCUCGCCCUCCUCUGUUCAAUCAAUCAGUUUUUUGUGAUCAGCCUUCAGGAAGAAACAUGAACAAUUAUUUAUUUGUUGGUUCAUUUGUUUCCUAUAUCCAAGGAUCACAGGGUGGUGUACAAUAUAAAAACACAAAAAUACAUGACCUGGUAACAAACGUAAACAAUAACCACUCCCCAGUAUAAGAGGCUAUAGAUUGUUUAAUUAGCCCAAAGGCCUGGGAGAAGAGGAAUGCUUUCGUCUGGCAUUUAAAUGAAGGCACCAGACAACCCGCCUUAGGAAGAGCAUCCCACAAGUUGGGAGCCACCACAGAAAAGGCCCCGCUCUCAUGUUGCUGCUCUACGGACCUCUUGCAGGGUAGACACACAAAGAAGGGCCGCAGGUGAUGACUGCAGGGUCCAGGUGGGUUCAUAUGGGGAGAGGCGGUCCUUGAGGUAUUGCGAUCCUGAGCUGUUAAUAAUAAUAAUAAUAAUAAUUUUUUAUUUAUACCCCGCCCUCCCCAGCCAAGGCCGGGCUCAGGGUAGCUAACAAGCAAUAAUAAAAAUAAGUUGAAUGAAUACAACUUAAAAACAAAAUUAAAAUACAACAUUAAAAUAUUGAAGCAAUAUUAUAUUGUUAUCAUUAUUAUACAAUAAUACCAGGCCCUGGGAUCUUUGGAUAAAGGGUGGUAAUAUAAAUUGUAUCAAUAAUGGGAAACCAGUCCGAUAAAAUUACUAACAGCAGUUUCAUGCUAUAGAACGGCAGGCAUGGAAAACAAAAUUAUAAGUUUGCUCAAAUGAAUUCUGGCGAGUUUCACGUGCACAAUAUUUAGCUGCUCUGGAAGGAAGAGAUGGAUGCGUUCUUAUCUGAAAGGACCCCCCAAAAAUCAUAAAAUGCAUUUGAUCACCCUGGGAUUUUCCAUAAAGUGAGUUCAAGUACAAAUCUUAUGUAUAUCCCAGGAAGAGAAGUGGUGCUUAAGUGCAUGAGUUGUCAAGUUCUACUGUGAUUUAUAAUUCGUUGGGAGCUGCCCAGAGUAGCUGGGGCAACCCAGUCUGAUGGGUGGCAUAAAAAUUAUUAUAAUUAUAAUUGUAGUAAUAAUUAUUAUUAGUCUGCCUCUCUGGAUUCACAGAAACAUUUACCUUGACAAUAGGGGAGUUCUUUGAACUUCCCAUCCAAAAGUACAUUUAACGGUGCCAGAAUAAAUGCCCCAUGAUGUUCAAAGAGCACACAAAGAACCCAAUUCUUCCUUGGUCACUUCAACAGAAUGAGUGUCACUUGGCUGAGGACCCUUUCCAGGCUGUCUUUGGGGUGAAUGGAUGGGAGGGUAUACAGUGGUACCUCAGGUUACAGACGCUUCAGGUUACAGACUCCACUAACCCAGAAAUAGUACCUCAGGUUAAGAACUUUACUUCAGGAUGAGAACAGAAAUCGCGCGGUGGUGGCGGGAGGCCCCAUUAGCUAAAAUGGUACCUCAGGUUAAGAACAGUUUCAGGUUAAGAAUGGACCUCCAGAACGAAUGAAGUUCUUAACCCGAGGUCCCACUGUAGUGUUUGUCCACACGUCAUUCCACUUCGUUAGUUGUUCUGUGAUUCUUCCCCCGAUGUGAAUGGGCAUAAUUGCCGUCUGGAGGAUAACUCUUGUGCUCUUGUAGGGCAAAGCAAAACGUAUCUGGAUAUCUGCGGUAUUAAAACCCCCCCACAGGAUUUCAGCAGGAAGUUACAGUGGUACCUCGGGUUACUAACUUCAUUCGUUCCGGAAGACCGUUCUUAACCUGAGGCGCGCAUUCCCUAGAUAGGCCUCCUGCGACCCCGGAAGCGGAUUGCGUUUGUAUCCCGGGGCAAAGUUCGCAACCUGGGACACCUACUUCCGGGUUUGUGGAGUUUGUAACCCGAAGCAGUUGUAAGCAGGACUGUUUGUAACCUGAGGUAGCACUGUACGUAAUGUGCAGUCUGUCUGCCCUGAAGAUUUCUGCAGGUUCAAACAGUAUAUUUAUAUCUUACCCUACCUACAAGGAACUUGGGGGAAUGGUUCUUCACCUCCCCUUUUUAUCCUUAAAACAACCGUGCAGGGUAGUUUGCGGCUGAGAGAAGGAGUGGCCUGGCUCAAGGUGAGCUUUCGUGGCUAGGCAGGGACUUGAAUCCAGCUUUCCGUAGUUCAACCACCAGACUGUGCCAAACCUUUUCAAUACCUUUCCUUUGCAGCCAGAGAGAAUAAACCCUGAGCUGAACCAGCAGGGGUACAAUGUGAAAUCGGACGUCUGGAGCCUGGGCAUCACCUUGGUAAGAAAUCUAAGCAGAAGUGUGUCUGUGUGUAAAGGGAUCAGUAAUCUUGUGGGUUUAAGAAUUCUGCAGUCAGGAAACACGUGAACACUCUUGGGGAUCUAUGAAAUAUAUUGCAUGAGAUAUUGUCACCUUGUUGUGGGGCUUGCCCCAAUCUAGAAUAGACAUAUGGAACUCCCUGCUACCAGAUGCAGGGGUGUGUAUUGGUGUAAAGGUAAAGGGACCCCUGACCAUUAGGUCCAUUAGGUCUGGGGUUGUGGCGCUCAUCUCGCUUUAAUGACCGAGGGAGCCGGCGUACAGCUUCCAGGUCAUGUGGCCAGCAUGACGAAGCCACUUCUGGCAAACCAGAGCAGCGCGCAGAAACGACAUUUACCUUCCCACUGGAGUGGUACCUAUUUAUCUACUUGCACUUUGAGGUGCUUUCGAACCGCUAGGUUGGCAGGAGCAGGGAUCGAGCAACGCGAGCUCACCCCGUUGUGGGGAUUUGAACUGCCGACCUUCUGAGUGGCAAGUCCUAGCGUCUGUGGUUUAACCCACAGCGCCACCCGCGUCCCUGUGUAUUGGUAUACUUAGCUUUAAAAGAGGAUUAAAAAAAAAAAUCACAGGGAGAGUUUCAUCAGUGGCUACUGGGCUAAUGGAGCCUCCUUGUUCCAAGACAGGAUACCUCCAAAUAAGAAAUGUCAUGGACGUAGAACGAUGAAACUUGCCUUCAGGCUUUCUGGUUGGCUACUGCAGCAAGCAGAAACACUGGACCCAGGUAGAAGUUCCGUUUGACCAGGAAGGGCUCUCUGUUUAUGUUCUGUUCUGCUCUCUCCCUCUCAGAUUGAAAUGGCCAUUCUCCGAUUCCCGUACGAAUCCUGGGGCACCCCUUUCCAGCAGCUGAAGCAAGUGGUGGAAGAGCCCUCGCCUCAGCUGCCUGCGGAGCAUUUCUCACAGAACUUUGUGGACUUCACAGCCCAGUGGUAGGUGCCCUUUCCAUCCAGGCCGCCAUCUUGUCUCCCAGAAUGCACUGCACCGGAGGUGAUCCAUUUCCCUGAAGCACAGUGCUUCAAAACACCCCCAGCUUUGCAUGCAGAACGUCCCUGGCAUCAUCUCCAAGUUGGUUUUAUUGAAGUAGGUUUUACCCUCGGGCAUUUUAAUCUGGUUUAGGACCCCCUUGGCUGUUGGUGGUUUUAGGGACGUGUGCAAUACAGCUUCUUCACCACCUGAGCUUUGCUGUUGGAGUGAUUUGUAGGAAGAGGAACCUCAUUUUCCCACCGUCUGUUAUUAGCAGCUUGCAGUGAACUUCACCAGCAUGUGAAAUUCCUGGGAGAAGCAUCUCUGGGUUCAUGUGGAUGAUUCAUGGGCACACCUGUGCCUUGGGAACAAGGUGCACCUGCCAACUCCCCACCCCCACUCCCAGCCCAGAUUUACCCCUGUAGUCACUUGGUAGCAAUAAGUAAACAAACAACCCCUGUGUUGCAAAAUGUGACUCAGCAAAAUCAAAAACAACACAAUGGCCAGAAACAUUUACAGUAUAGAAAACUUUAUGGAAUAAUGCAAAACAUCAGAAUUAUCAAACUGAUGAAGAACUGAACGAAACAGUAGUUGCUAUCUGGAAACACUGUUCAGCAGAGUUCAGAUUUGGACAUUUGCUGAUCAUACAAAGCUUUACAAGCUUGAUCUCUGCCGGGUAAAAUCUGGCACCGUGACUUAUUCAAGGACUUUUAGAGACUUCAGUUUGAUAAUUUUGAUAGCGAGCUGAUACCCUUCAGUAUGGCAAACCCAGAAAUUUGCCCUCUUGCAGCUCUGCAGAAGGCAAAAGCAGCGAAAGCAAUUUUGUAGGAACAGGUGAGAGGAAAUAGGGACUGUCCUUGAUGAAUUUGGGCAGCUGAAAUGUAUGCAAGUUGAAAUUAUAAUGUGUAAUUAAAAGGCAACAUAAAAGCUGCCUACAACAAGAGCAGAAUACUGGGACCUGCCCCACCCCCUUUUUUAAAAAAAACAACAACGCAUGGAUGAGUAAAAUAUGAUGCAAACUAUUGUUGUUUUUCCUUUUUCAAACAUAACCUUUGUUAAUGUUAUGCAGUAAUAAUAUAGAUUGGGAGAAAUGAAAGCUUCACACAGCACUUGAGUUUCUUCUGGGUCUCGGUAGGAUGCAUUUAAUCACCCAAACAUAUAUUACACAUAACCAUAUACCACAAAACUAAAACUCUGUUUGCAUAAAACAACCUGAUGAGUAUUCAGGGCUAUAUUAAAAUGCCACACAAAUGGCUUCAUUACUAUGAAAAAGUUAUAGUUUAUGUUUACUUCCUUCAUAGCAACAUAAUACCUAUCCAGCGUUCCUCUAAAGUUCUUAAUGUUUUGUACAGCCGACCUCUUAACUCUCACAAAUUUUCUUUCCUUGUUUUUCGUUCUCUCAGUUUGAGGAAGAAUCCUGCCGAACGAUUGAGUUACGUGGAACUCAUGGUGAGUGUCUCUCCUUCCUUCUCCAAAUUUGGUUAAGGCUUAUGUGGUGCCAGCAAGGAAUUAAUAGAAUUGUAGAAUUGGAAGGGACCACGAGUCAUUAAUAAUAAUGCAUUUUAUUUAUACCCUGCCCUCCUGGCCAGAGCCGGGCUCAAAGCGGCUAAGAGUAAAAACAUAAUGGGGGGGACUGACCAAUUUAAAAUACAGGUUCAAAAUGCAAUUUAAAAGCAGCCUCAUUUUAAAAGUAGCCCAUAGAUCAAAAACCAUAAGGGGAGAGAAACAUAAGGGUCAGACUGAGUCCAAACCAAAGGCCAGGCGGAACAGCUCUGUCUUGCAGGCCCUGCGGAAAGAUGUCAAGUCCCACAGGCCCUAGUCUCUUGUGACAGAGCGUUCCACCAAGUCGGGGCCAGUACUGAAAAGGCCCUGGGCCCUAUUUGAGACCAAUCUAACCACCUUGCGACCUGGGACCUCCAAAAUGUUGUCAUUUGUGGACCUUAAGGUCCUCCGCGGGGCAUACCAGGAGAGGCGAUCCCGUAGGUCCGACCCCCUGCAAUGCAGGAAUCUUUUGCCCAACGUGGACCUCAAAUCCGUGACCCUGAGAUUAAGAGUCUCAUGCUCUACCUACUGAGCUAUCCAGGAAAUGACUGCCCUUCAUUGAAGGAUUUUACACAGAGUUUGGACGGCCAACUUAUCAGGGACUCUUUAGUUGUGUUUCCUGCAUUGCAGGGGGCUGGACCAGAUACCCUUUGGGGGGCUGCCUUCCAAGUCCACGAUUCUAUGACUACCUCUUCCUUUGCUCCUUGUGCAAGAUGAGACCUCUUUUCUCUCCCUGUUCCAAACUGAUACCAUUCUCCUUUCCCAACAGGCCCACCCGUUCUUCACUAUGCACGACACCCGCGAGACUGAUAUGGUCUCCUUCGUCACAGAAAUCCUCGGAGAUGACUCCUAAAAGUCCCACGGAACCUCGCCAUCGGAACAAAAGAACCAGCCCUGCCUUCUCCUGGCGGGGAGAGAGAACGGAAUAAGGAUUUUUAUAGCACCAACUGUGGUUUGCACAAAAGAGAAUGAAUGUCUUCGCUGCUUCCUCCCCAUCCCACCCCAAAUAAUUUUUCUCUUCCCUCCCACCCUAUUUCUCGGCACCAUGCUGGACUUAGAGAGCGAUUUUAUUAUUAUUAUUUAACAAGAGGCCUCUAUGAAUGACAUGUUUGUGACAUGUAGAAGUCUUCGAUCCCAACUGUAGCCACGCACAGUCCGCUUAAGGGUUGAAGGGUGCUCAAGACAACUCCCCCUCCUCGGGUGGGUUUUGAGAAAAGCACGUUGUGUUACUUUUAAAACCAGGCGCCUUUUUGAAAUGCAGCUGUGUGUGUGUACGUGUGUGUGUGUGUGUUUGUGUGUCUAUGAGCAUGUGUACUUGGAGAGAUCUGAGCCCAUCUAAAACUGCAUACAAAACCACAGCAGCUACAGAAGUGUCACCUGUCGCAGGUUAACCAGCAGAGCUGCGGGGCUGGUUGCUUUUUGGGUGGUGCCCCGUCAUCUUGCAAGCGGCAGAUCGCAUUAAAAUAAAAUUUAAAAAAACCUCAGUAGAUCACGAGGCUCUUAAUCUCAGGGUCGUGGAUUUGAGCCUCACGUUGGGCAAAAGAUUCCUGCAUUGCAGGAGGUUGGACUAGAUGCCUCUCGUGGCCCCUUCCAACUCUAUGACCUGAUAUCUAUGAACUGAACCCACACCCCAGUUACUCCCUGUAUGUAGAAAACUAGCUCUUAGAGCAGAAUGGAAGAGUUAUUUAAAUGUUCUCCACUGUGGAAGUCUGGGAAGGACUCUCACCUAUAAUUCUGUUUUUAACACGACUCUUAGUUUUGUUAUCGCCCCCAAACAUUUACUCAUUUAAUUCUAACAGCCGCUUUUCUUAGGCCUAAACAGACGUCUCCUUUAGUUUUCCACAGCUAUAUGUAAUAUAUUACCAGUUUAUUUCAAAUGCUCUGUCCAGUCACAGUUGUGUGGCAAAAUCAGUAGACACACACAUACACAAACCCCUCUUUAAACACAAGCAGAAAGUCCCCCUCUCCAAAAUUGCUCUGGAAGCAGUGAUUGAGUUGAGCAGCCAUCUCUCUGCUGACCUAAGACCACAGGUGCAUCCUGUUGUCGGACUGCCAUACCCAUCAUCCCUCACCUGUUGACCAUGCUCUCUGCUGGGGUUGAUGGGAUUGCUAGUCGAGCAACGCUUUGAACACCACGUGUUUCCCACCCCUGCUAUAGAAAGAGUCCCAAGGACAGGCAGGCAGUUCAUAGCCAUAUUUAACGUAGUGGAGGGAAGAAUCUAACGUCCAGAUUUAUCUGACAAAUCCCCAGAUCUUUCUUUCUUCCUUUUUAAUGAAAAGAGCAGUUGAAUGUGGGGUGCCUAUAUGUAUUGGGGUGGGGCAUAUUGACAGUUCCUCUGCUGUCUCUCCCCCCCCCCCAAAGUUCACAUACACAAACCAGCUUCAGUACCACCCAGCCAGUCGGUGACGAUGGGAGUUGUAGUCUUAAUAAGACUUUUUAAAAAAUCCACAGACACUUUUUCAUCUGCGACACACUGCCAGGUAGAAGCAUUCAUGUCGGUUUCCCCACCACGGGGACAAGCAGACUUGCUUUUUCUGUCAUGCCAGCUAAUGCCUGCACAUGGGGAAGUUGUGAGUCAGGUUGUCCAGUGUUGGGUGUGCUAAAUGGCAGUCCCUAUCUGGGAUUUCUCAGGCAGUGCCGAUUUCCAUUCCUACCUGGAAAUGCUGGGAUUUGAACCUGGGACCUUCUGCAUGCGAAAGCCAGGUUCUCUACCGCUGAGCUAGGGACCGCCUCCUUUCGUUCAUCUGUCUCAUCCUCUCGGAAAAGGUGCUUGCCAACACAGUUGACACUUGUUGCUAAGUUGUACUCUAAUGCCCUGCCCACAACCGACAAAAGGGAAGCAUUUACCUGUGAUAUUAUAUAGCCCCACUUGGUUUCUGUGGAUUACGUCUUUCUCCCCUCUCCUAAACACACGUGCAAGUCAUAUCCAUUAUUAUCUGCCUUCUUUCUAAUAUAUUUGUACAUAUAAAUUAUAUUUUGAAAACUCAGCAUUAUGCCCAGGUGGGAAUAGGUUUGGCAAAACAACCAGCAAUUUUACUUAGACCAACCAGCCUUAGGGAGUGUUGGCGAAGCGUUGUGGUUCAAAGGGGAAAAAACAAGCCACCUAAUUUUUAACGGGUCCUUUUUAAGAAGCAUCCCUGGAUUCUUAAAAGCAUGCCUUGGGUCUUCAAAAGUGGCCACCUCCUCUGGAGAAAUUAGGUUUCCAUCCUUUGCUCUCCCUCCUACCCCCAACCCCAAUAAUGUUCCUCAAAGUUCUCUGCCUUAACUACUUUUGUAAUUCUGUGGAAUAAGGUCCAGGGUUCUGGAACCAUAGGAAUGCAAGCAGGAUCAGGCCAAAGCUCCAUCAUUGACCAACCACAUCCCUCUGGGAAACCUGCAAGUGGGGAGCUAAGGGCUCUUGACUCCUGUUAGGGCCGGUCCUGCCAUUUGGCAGAGUGAAGUGUCUGCCUCAGGCUACGUCUGCCGAGGGGCUGGGAGCAGCUACAGAGUGGUACCUGCAUGCCUCCUAAGCUAGCAAGCUGAUUUUGGGGGCAGUUGAGGAAGCAGUUCCAUCACCGGUGCUGAAGUUUGACCCCAUUUGCUCUGUACAUUUGAAGUAGCCUCCUCCUACUUUAAACAAUGCCAGAAACUGCUGAGAGCUGUUGGGAGAACCCCAUUCAACUCGCAGAGUCCCUUGGGGAAGAGGGAUUGGCUGCUAAACAGCUCCUGAGAACUGUAGCUUCUGCAUGUGAUGGGCGUGGAGUUACUUUUGGCCUUCCAGUUGUUGCUGACCCACAACUCCUGGGAUCAGUGGCCUCGCCGGGGCUGAUGGAAGUUGUAUUUCAGCAAAGGUUCCCCACGCCUGGUAUAUGGAAUGGGUGAGGAGAGGUGGUGCCACCUGCUUUCACGCUGGCAACACAAUGCCGUCACUGGCUGUGUUGUCUUUCCACACCUGGGCUUCAGUAGCCGUGCCGCCACUGAGAGUGGAGGUUGUAUAUUGCCAUCAUGGCUCCUAUUUGCCCAACCUCCCUUCUUGUAGCCACCAAAGCCCAGCGGCUAUUGCUUUAGCAACCUCCUUAAAUUAAAUAGGUGUCGUUUGAUCAAGUUGUUCUUUUGUCUGUCCCGAAAAACCCAUGCCUUCAGCAUUUUUAAUGUUUUAUUUUUUAAAAAAGAUGAUGAAUCACUUUCCAUUUUUCUCCUGAAUUACCCCUCCCUUCAUCUCUUCCUAAGGCAAACUGCUGCACUUUUGUCAUGGGUUAGCCCUGCAAGUGUCGUGUGGCAGGUUUUUUGAAUUGCAGGUGUUGUAUAAUUUUUAUCACUCGUCUUUAUUUUUAACGUUGCUGUUGUACUUUUCUGGAAAAUAUCCCCCAUCCUCCUCUUCCUUCAAAGGUUCCGUGAUUUAUUUUUUUUAACUGCAUGGUUUUAGAUUUUCAGCCUUGUUUUCUCCACUUUUAUAUCCACCCCCACCCCACUUUUUCCAAUAAAAACCUGGUUUGAGAAAGCGAGAGUGACUCCAUUUUGAACACCCAAUAAACAAAAUGGCCGCUUCCCCACUAGUGAGAAUCCAGGCCAAGGGGCUAAAUGCACCCCAUGUGCCCCCUCUGUCCUGGCCAUGCCCAUAACUGACCUUACCUCACACACUUGUUGAGUGGUUUUUGCCUGACUGGAAUGUGUCCAAAUAAUGCCUCUCGCUUGCCUGGAUGGUGAAUGGUGUGUGUGUGUGUGUGUGUGUGUGUGUGUGUGUGUGUGUAGAAGUUAGCCUAUUUUAUGUAGGUAAAAUUCACAUUCAGCGUUUGCCUCUGGCCCUGCCCGCUCCCGGAACGUGGCCCACCAAAGGUUGCCCACUACGGAAUGUGGCCCUCAGCCUGAAAAUGCUUUCCUGCCCUUGUUACAUGAGCUGGAACUACGUGGAGCCAGAGAGAACCUUCUGGGUUGAUCUUAGAUUAGAGAGAACCACAUACCUCUCUCUAAACUACACUGCAGCUUGCUUGCUUUUUCUCCUCCGCUUCCCCUACCCCGCCUGGGUCCUUUCCAAAAAAAAGGCUCACCGGUGGGGAUGGAAAAUGGUUUUGUAUCUAGGAAAGGACUGGAUGCUUUUAUGAAUUGGAAGAAUUGGUAUAUAGCAACGAACUUGGUCAUUGGUUUUCAAUAAAAUAAGCCACCCAACCCAGUUUCUUCUGUGAUUUUUUCCCUUACAAACACUUUAAAUAAAAGUAACAGCCAAGCUUUCCUU